ACAUUCAUAGUGCUAAAUAGAGGGAAGACAAUCUUCCGCUUUAGUGCCAACCCUGCCUUGUACAUCAUAAGUCCUUUUAAUAUUUUCAGGCGAAUAGCUAUAAAAAUUUUGAUACAUUCAUAUCCUUUUAAAUGGUGUCCUACCAGGAGAGACAAAAGUCUUUCCUGUUCGUUUAGAUUAUUUAUUAUGAUGUUGCUGCUUCUGUUGCUGCUGCAUGCUGCUAUUAAUGUUCAUAUGACUACUGCUUCAGUGUAGGUAGUAUAGUCUGUAUCAUGUAAUGGGUUGAUGUUCAAAAUGGCACCCUAUUCCCUUGAUAGUGCACUAUAUGGAAUAGGCCAGGGACGCACAGUCAGCGCUAUAUAGUCUGAAAGCUGCAGGUAUCAGCAAGGGCAAAGCUGUUAACUACAGUGGGAAAAAUACAUGGAUAUAGUCUUUAAUUUGAAGAUUAAUCUACCAAUGAGAAUGGCUAAAUGCCAAAAUGGAUGAUCCUUAAUCUUGGAAAGAGAGUACAUGUAGGAUUUUACAUUUCAUCAAUCCUUAACCUGACAACUGUAAACCCUCUUACUGAGCCCCCGUAGAGGGGCUUCUAAAGUCUUCUAAAAAGAGGGAUUACUUUUUCUUCUUUCCCUUUUUUAGUAUCUAUUAACCCAGGCUAGCACCCCAUGUGUCCCACAGAAACCUUUGGUAACGUCGACAUACCUGUAUUUACUCUUACCGAACUGAUCAGAUCAGAGCAGAUUGCUACAUUGGGAGAGGAGAGGAGUGGAGGGCUAGUGUAAGGGUGACUUCGAUAAGAUUGCAGCUAUUAAUCCAGUAUUAUGCAGUUAUAAUGUAUUAUUAAGACUUUUUAUGAUAAAUGACCCCCUUAUAAUGUAUUAUUUUAUCAGGAUGACUCUCAGCCAUGGAGAAGGGGGAGAGAACUCUGACUAAUAAUGAUGUCACAUCCAGUCUUUAGAUGUUAGAAGAAGGGAUAGCUAUUGGCUACCAAUAUACAAGUAGAUCAGAUGGCUUAGUCCAUACAUCCUACAUCCUUGGCCAUUGAUCUAUUAAGAUGCUGAAAAUAACACUGAAACUGAUCCUCAUUCGUGAUCCUGACCUGGGCACUGACCCCAGAUAGACUUAUAGACAUUAUAUAUCGCUACAGAAUCGACAGAUACAGUUACAAAAUGUGUAUUUGACCCACAAUCAAUCUAUGCACCCACAAUACAUUGUGCUCGUAUACCACAGAAAAUCUGUGUGAAGGAUUACUUUGAGAUUUGAGAGUGAAAUUAGUCUGGGGGUUGCUUUGGUUUUGCAUUGAGGUUGCUGCUAUUUUAACAGUCACACAAAUCUAGGGCCCAAAGUCAUAAAGCUUCUCAGACUAGGAGUGCUUAUCUCGUAUUAGUUUUAAGUUAUAAUGAAUACAAUUAUAUGGACGGGUGGACCUGAUCGUAGAUCAGCACUCAUACUGUGAGACGCUUUGUGAAUACGGGCCUGGUGAGUCUUAGUUUUUGAAAUCCUACAAUGUGUUGAUACUUCAAGGUUAAUCCUGUCUUGAGUAGUUUAAUCAUGUCAAUCACUUCCUGGAUUGGACUUCCCACUCAGCACCAAUCACAGCCUGCCAUGUGGGUCUGCUGACACAUCAGGGUUGCAUCUCAAUAGUCUAAAGAUGUGUCCUCUCCUUGUCUCCUACUGGUCGCCUCUCUUCGCUUCCCUUCUCUUUUUCAUUAAACCACUAGACAGGUGAGAGCUAUUUCAUUGCUAGACAGACGACAUUUUGGUUUUCACAGAGCCUGUUUUAAGAUCAGUACAGAUGAAGGAAAUGAGAUAUAGAGGAGAGGAAGUCACUUUAGAGUAUUAAAAUACAGCCCUGGUUGCGCUACUGCUGACAUUGGAGUUUUCCUGGUGAUUUUACAGUCUUUUAUGGCCAACAACGAUUUAUUUAUGUAUAUAUUUUUGCUCAGAAAACAUGGGGGCCAAAUCAAAUCACCCACAGGUUGAAUUUGGCCGCCUAUUGGGGAACCCUGCUCUAUGGUGUCAAUUGUUUAGGUUGUGACCAUUUCAGUUUGGACAAUUUUGACUUAUUUUGGACUUGAAAUCAUCCCUAUAGCUAACAUAUGGCUGUCUUUCUUUAAUUUGGACAUCCCAGCAAACAUAUAUUCUAGUCCCAAAACCGUAAUUUACAUAUUUCUUGAUAUAUUAGAUGUUCGGUAGUGACACGUCUUAAAAAUACAUGAAGAUUUACCAACUUGCUCACUCAUUUCCUCCAAAAUGUUUGCAGAAAGACUACUCACCAUGUGGCCUGCUGGAGAGGGAUGCAAUCCCAUCACCUGGUGAUAUUUGUAGGGAUAUGGCUUAAGGCACAUUCAUUCUACAGUCUUUUAAUGUGUGUGUUUCGGUAGUGACAUCAAAAUGUGGGACAGCAUUAUUUUGAGACAGUACUGUAUCAUGAUGUAAAUAAAUGUCCUAAGUUUGGAGACAUAACUGUUUUUUUACUUGUUUUUUUGUGGGUGGGACUGCAAUUUGCACCACUUCUGUAAAAUCAUCCAUAUAGUAAUGUUCCUAUGAGAGAUAGGGAAAAGAGUGUGCAUAAUCUGCCUGAACUGAAUGGAAGAUUACCAUCAAACGUAAUGUGAUAGAUAGUAAACUGUUAUGGAUGACAUUUUUUGUUUGUUUUCCACUGUGAAUCUCUGGACUUUUCCUUAAUUUGUUUCCCCACUCUUUUCAGCAUGAUCAUUAUGUGUACUAUUUUGACCAACUGUAUAUUCAUGACUUUUAGUGAUCCUCCUGAGUGGUCCAAACAAGUAGAGUAAGUACACGUUUAUUAUAUUUAUCUACACAAGUACAUAGUAAAUACUAAUACACGUUUAUUAUGCAUGUCUCAACCUACACAAGUAAGAUUUGAUCAGUGGUGUAUUACUAACCUUACUAAUAGUCGUAGGAUGUGUCUAAAAUCUUUCUUGCCUACUACUUACUAAAACUACAUACCGUGUACUAAAAUGAAAUCCUGGCAAUUAGGCCAUACUCAAUUCCACAUACUGUAAAACGUUAUAUUUUGGCAUACCCAAAUUGGCUUCUAUUUAGAACGCAAGUUGGGUAUUUGGACGAUGCCUUAGUGUAUUACCAGUACAUCAUUUCAACAGAUAAUAACUUGUUGUUCUUCAUGGAUUUGAUAAAUUGCUAAUUCUGAUCAUGCUUCCAUGCUUCUGUCUUCCAGGUACACGUUCACAGGGAUUUAUACGUUUGAAUCUCUUGUAAAAAUUGUCGCUCGAGGAUUCUGUAUAGAUGGGUUUACAUUCCUAAGGGAUCCAUGGAACUGGCUGGAUUUCAUGGUCAUUUCUAUGGCGUAAGUAUCAGACUCCUAUAGAUACCUACCUGUUCAUUCUUAUAAGAAAUAUUUAGCAUUAUUACUGUGUGAAAUCAUUGAGUAGAGCAUAAAUACGUCUAAAGUUAUUGUUACUGUCCAGAACUAUCCAGUCUUUCUUUCUUUCUUUCUUUCUUUCUUUCUUUCUUUCUUUCUUUCUUUCUUUCUUUCUUUCUUUCUUUCUUUCUUUCUUUCUUUCUUUCUUUCUUUCUUUCUUUCUUUUGCUUUUUCUUUUCCUUUUUCUUUUUUCUUUUUUCUUUCUCUUUACUUUGGGAAAGAGGGGUUCAAUCAGGCGUUUUCAGAAGGUUCCUGACCGUUCCUGCUUACUUCCUUAUCUCUCCCCCAUUUUCUCUCUCUUGCUCUCUCUCUCUCUCUCUUUAUCUGUCUCACUCACUCACUCUCCAUUUUUCUCUUUCAAUUUGCUGGAGACCUCAGGAUUCUGAUCAAGGCUUCAUCUCACCAUGUUGAAUUUGACAUAAUAUAGUAUAGUUAAGAAUACAUGACAUGACAUUUUUACAAACUAACUAUAACGCUAACUAUCUAUAACUAUAUGCUACCCUGUUUUUGAUGAUACGUAGAACUAGUUCAGCGACUUACGAAGUGGGCUUUCAAUAUCUUAAACAUCAAGAAGUGUUUCUGUUGAACCACUACAUUUGUCUUUUUUAUCUGUGUGUAAAUAACAAGAGUUUGUAACUUUGAUUUGAUUCUGCAGGUAUAUAACAGAGUUUGUAAACCUAGGCAAUGUCUCAGCUCUGCGCACGUUCAGAGUGUUGAGGGCAUUGAAAACUAUUUCUGUAAUUCCAGGUAAGACAGGAUGGGGGAUGGGGGUUUGGUCCAUGGGGUCAGUGUUAGGUGUAUUGUGGGUCGUGUUUUUUCUUUCCUUUUUCCUUUCCUCCCCCUCAGUGGACAGGCUCUGUGAGUGGCGUCGUGGUUACCUCCUGGUUCGGUGCGUGCGUAGCGUGCGUGGUGGUGUUGUGGUGCUCUUGCGUGUGGUUUUGUCAUUGGUGUUUGUUUGUGUGUGAUCCUUCCCCUGUUUACAGAUAUAUAACAGAGUUUGUGGACCUGGGCAAUGUCUCUGCGCUGAGAACAUUCAGAGUUCUCCGAGCAUUGAAAACUAUCUCUGUCAUACCAGGUGAGAUUCAGUUUAAACACUAAGGCUGAUACUUAUAUCUCACCCUUUUACUUUUCUUAUACUCACUAUUAUUAUAAUUUUUAAGCAACAAAAAAAAUAAUUGGAAAUAAUAAUCAUUUUUAUUGUUUUAUUUUUCUCCAAAAUUAUCAAAAAUGGUACUAAUACAUUUUUGAUAGGCUUCGCAGUCUACUCCAGGGCCCUCCAAAGUGUCUGCACUCUCUUCUUCCCUAGUAAAACUCUCAUCCUAAAUAAGGCUCUAGUUUCCAAGGCAGCUGUGGUUCUCCUCAGAAAUAGCUGUAAGCCUCUGCAAAUGGCUAUUAUUUGGAAUAGACAAAAGCAGAAUCCCCACCUCUUAAGAAAAGGACACUGACAGUACCAGUCCAAUAGCAUAUCACUAGAAUACAACCAGAGACAAAGUCAAAUAUAUAUAUUGAUUAAAUAUGGGAUAACAUUUUUCUUUUUGCUUAACAUAAGGAAUCGCUUAUAAUUAACUAACCUUUCCUGAUUCACUGUACUGUGUACACUUUGGCGAAGACAGUUGAGCUCAUCAGCUACUGUAAAGCUCAUCCAAAGUACUUUUACCAUUGGAAAAAGCCUCCAGGUUUUUCGGGAGAUGAAGAUAAUUAUUCAUAUAAUACAAAAAUAACUCGAUAAUUGGCUUGUAAGAAAAUAUUAAAUUAACCAAAUCCAUUUACAUUAUUUAUUACAAAGGAUGGAAAUGUCAGAAUUUUACUCUAUAUAUCCGGCUUGAAGAAGAAAGCUAGAGUAUGUUGACGUCAAGUUGAGAGCUGACAUAGCUCUUAGUGACAGCCCACAGAAUAUAUCCAGAAACGUAUAUAUAUAGAGAGUUAGGCCAGGUUUUAGAACGGCUGCCACGUUAGCGUCCAUAUAGAACUUUAUUCUUGAAAUGUUGGUGCUGAUGUAACAAUACGAGAGCACCUCCGACAAAUGACCCGCUGUAAACAAGCAAAACAGAGCAGCGAAUUUAACAGACGUUUUUUACUGAUUAGCAUUCUGGAUAACGUGGUGUAGUUUCAACAAAUUGCAUAUUUGCUUUCACUGGACAUUCAUAGGUUUUGAAAACUAUCAGAAAUAAACAGCACAACACGGAAGCGUUAAUUAUCACUUUGCAUUGGCUACGGAGGAAAAAGUGCUGCUCUCGGAAUGUUCAACCGCAUUGGCCUAACUCUCUCUAUAUAUGGCUCUGAAUAUAUCUAUUAUUGAUGAAGACUGCCAAGCCUAGUUUGUGGACAUAUUUAAUGCUGCAUGAUGCUUUUUAGUCACUUGUUUUACAGUAUUAGCCUACUAAGAAGCUUGGCUGAUGACAAAUGGCAUUGAAAACGUUUGUUUUUCCCGUUUUCGUUUGUUGUUUUGUUUAUUUUGAUGAUACAUUUUUAGAAAUAAUACUUGACUAGAAAAUAGAACACAACCUUAUUUUCUGUUGAUAUUCUAAAGCGUUGUAGAAUGCCGAUGGGGGAACUAAAUGACCCACUAACCUUUAAUUGAGUCAACGCAUAUUAUACCUAGAGUACAUACAGUACCAGUCAAAAGUUUGGACACACCUCAUUCAAGGGUUUUUCUUUAUUUUUACUAUUUUCUACAUUGUAGGAUAAUAGUGAAGACAAAAACACUAUGAAAUAACACAUAUGGAAUCAUGUAGUAACCCAAAAAGUGUUAAACAAAUCAAAAUAUAUUUGAGAUUUGAGAUUCUUCAAAGUAGCCACCCUUUGCCUUGAUGACAGCUUUGCACACUCUUGGCAUUCUCUCAACCAUCUUCAUGAGGUAGUCACCUGGAAUGCAUUUCUAUUAACAGGUGUGCCUUGUUAAAAGUUAAUUUGUGGAAUUUUUUUCCUUCCUAAUGCGUUUGAGCCAAUCAGUUGUGUUGUGACAAGGUAGGGGUGGUAUACAGAAGAUAGCCCUAUUUGGUAAAAGACUAUGUCCAUAUUAUGGCAAGAACAGCUCAAAUAAGCAAAGAGAAAUGACAGUCCAUCAUUACUUUAAGACAUGAAGGUCAAUAAAUCUGGAAGAUUUCAAGAACUUUUAAAGUUUCUUAAAGUGCAGUCACAAAAUCCUUCAAGCGCUAUGAUGAAACUGGCUCUCAUGAGGACCACCACAGGAAAGGAAGACCCAGAGUUACCUCUGCUGCAGAGGAUAAGUUCAUUAGAGUUACCAGCCUCAGAAAUUGCAGCCCAAAUAAAUGCUUCACAGAGUUCAAGUAACAGACACAUCUCAACAUCAACUGUUCAGAGGAGGCUGUGUGAAUCAGGCCUUCAUGGUCGAAUUGCUGCAAAGAAACCACUACUAAAGGACACCAAUAAGAAGAAGAGACUUGCUUGGGCCAAGAAACACGAGCAAUGGACAUUCGAUCGGUGGAAAUAUGUCCUUUGGUUUGAUGAGUCCAAAUUUGAGAUUUUUGGUUCCAACCGCCGUGUCUUUGUGAGACGCAGAGUAGGUGAACGGAUUAUCUCUGCAUGUGUAUAUUUUAUAUUUUAUAUUCUUCAAAGUAGCCACCCUUUGCCUUGAUGAACCCUUUGCACACGCUUGGCAUUCUCUCAACCAGCUUCACCUGGAAUGCUUUUACAACAGUCUUGAAGGAGUUCCCACAUAUGCUGAGCACUUGUUGGCUGCUUUUCCUUCACUCUACGGUCCAACUAGGGCUGUUGCCAUGACUGUAUUACCGCCACACCGGCGGUCAUGAGUCAUGAAGACAGACAAAUUCCACAUGACCGUUUAGUCACGGUAAUUAGGCUUCUCCAAGUUCUGACGCUGCUGCUGGUCAUUAGUAGCCUACCUUGCUAACUGCCUGGUACUCGGUACUCUAUUGUCCCUCUAAUCACUCUGACAUCAAUGCAAAUGUGUCGAAAAUCUAAUCAAACACUUCACGAGAGCCCAUGAGCUGAUGUUGCGCAACAUUUCUAUAGGCUAUGCAAUUGCGGGAGAAAACAGAGUAAUGGCCGCUAAUAAAAAGAGGAGGAUCCCAUCAGCUUUCUAUAGGCUAGGUCUACUAUAUUUAUUUCUCAACAUUCCUAAUAUUAAGCAUAUUGCUUAUAUUUACAACAGGAGUAUAGCCUACCUGGCUGGCAUGAAAAACGUCCUCCAUUCGCUAUUUAUUUUUUCCCGCUGGCCCAUUUCGAUACAGGUGCAUGCCAAUGGUCCAUUCUAAAUCAAAACAAAUGUCACACAUAAAUGAUUUAGUAUAUGUGAAGACAAGAUUAAAUCAAGAAUAGUCUGAUGGGUGACAAUAUUAGCCUAUCACUGAAUUAUAUAUUAUCACUUGUGAAUGAUGUCCAGCAUAAGAAACAAUGCCUUUUUUUUGCGACUUGUUAAAAUCAUAGUCGCACACCUCAUGUAGCCUAGCCUCUAGGCCUAUAUGUUUUAAAAAGGUUUGUAUCACAACUAAAGUGACCAAAUAACUUCUUAAAAUUAAGCACAUUCAUCCGCUUUACAAGGGGUGUAGAGCCUAACUGGCAUAUAUAAGCAGAAUAGAAUAGGUCAACCUUUGCACCAUGGGGGAUAGUAGUUUGACAUAGGCUAGUGCUUUUGCUGUUCGUUAGGCCUACUCAUCUUGUUGGCUGAUGAAAAGUAAAUGUGGACAGUUCUUCUAACAUCUUCAACAUGCACCUCGGAAUUGGAUAAGGACGCACGCAGUUGCGUCCGCGAUGUGUCUGUCUUCAACUUGUAGCCUGUGAGAAAGACCCGAUCACGUGACGGAGAGCCGUGUGAGUGAGAGACGCUUCGGAUUGCGCAGCACACUCAAGGAGAAGGGCACAAUGCAGCACUCCGGGCCGCAAAAGGCAUGGAUUUUUUUAGGGUGCAUUACGGCCACAAAAGGGGAUGCCGCCGUGAAAUUCGAGGCAUUAUCAAGUGCUUGUCAAAUUGUGCAUGAGAGACUUUUGGAGUGUGUACAGCCUGCGCAAAAAACAAAGCAGAGCUCAUGCCUUUCAAGCGACUUUUUUCAAAUCAUCAUUAGAGUCUCAUCAUGCAGCCUUACAUUGUAUUAAAAAUCAAAACAUAUAGCCCAACGUUUGUAGAACAACUAAAGUUACAUUAAUAACUCUAAAUUAAGUAUAUAGGAGUACCUAUUUCUUUGUUAACCGCUCAACACAGAAUAGCCGCAUGUGCGCACUCCCUUCAAUCGUUUGGAGAAAAUAUGUAUAUUUUAUUCAGCUUUGUUCAAUUGUAUUCUUCAUACUAUAAAAUAAUAUAAAAUAAUGCCACGGAAUUAUAAGCAAAUCUUGUCUGCUAAAUGAACUAGUGUAGCCCACAGCCAUUUGGCAUAGCCACAUCAGGACCUAAAAUAAGGACAACUCAGAGUAUGCUAUUAUUUUCUUCUGAAAUAGACUAUAUUUUCUUCAUAUCAUGCUUCUUUAGACCUGUCUAAAAUAAAUAAUGGAUUUAUUGUGAAGGUGUAGGCUUUAUUACAUGGAUUUAUUAGACUUUGUCAAAUGGCCUGUAGGCUAUGUGUGGAAGCCAGGAGAUGCUAAAUGUGUUUAUGUUAAUUAAUGGUCAAUUACCGUGAGACAGACAGUUAUUUGCUUGACAAUCACCGGCUGACAACAUUUUGUGACUGCCACAGCCCUAGGUCCAACUCAUCCCAAACCAUCUCAAUUGGGUUGAGGUCGGGUGAUUCUGGAGGCCAGGUCAUCUGAUGCAGCACUCCAUCACUCUCCUUCUUGGUCAAAUAGCCCUUACACAGCCUGGAGGUGUGUUGGGUCAUUGUCCUGUUGAAAAACAAAUGAUAGUCCCACUAAGCGCAAACCAGAUGAGAUGGCGUAUCGCUGCAGAAGGCUGUGGUAGCCAUGCUGGUUAAGUGUGCCUUAAAUUCUAAAUAAAUCACUGACAGUGUCACCAGCAAAGCACCCCCACACCUCCUCCUCCAUGCUUCACGGUGGGAACCACACAUGCAGAGAUCAUCCGUUCACCUACUCUGCGUCUCACGAAGACACAGCGGUUGGAACCAAAAAUCUCAAAUGACUCAGACCAAAGACCAGAUUUCCACUGGUCUAAUGUCCAUUGCUCGUGUUUCUUGGCCCAAGCAUUGUAAAUAAGAAUUUGUUCUUAACUGACUUGCCAAGUUAAAUAAAGGUUAAAUAAAUAGCCCACGUUCCCCCUUAGAAUACAUCAUCUAAUGUUGUUUCCCGCCAUUCCUUAAUUUUGGUAUAGCGCGUCCUCUUCAAAUCAAAUUUUAUUUGUCACAGAUGUUAUUGCGGGUGUAGCGAAAUGCUUGUGCAUCUAGCUCCGACAGUGCAGUAAUAUCUAACAAGUAAUAUCUAACAAUUUCACAACAUAUACCCUAUACACACAAAUCUGGUAAGGAAUGGAAUUUAAAAAUAUAUACAUAUAUGGACAAGCAAUGACAGAGCAGCAUGGACUAAAAUACAGUAGAAUAUUAUAGAAUAGAAUGCAGUAUAUACAUCUGAGAUGAGUAGUGCAAGAUGUGUCUGCUAAAUGAUGUAAAUGUAAAUGUAAAUAUGUAAACAUUACUAAAGUGACUAGUGUUCCAUUUCUUAAAGUGGCCAGUGAUAAUCUUAUCUGAUUAUCAGCUUUUGUCAAAUACACGUGGUUAUGAAAAGACGAUUCUCUUCCUCAAUAGCAUGAAAAGCCGAAAAGAUUAUGACAUCCUGGCAUUUAAAGCAUACACAUUUUUAGAAACUUCACAUACUAAAAAACAUUAUAUUAUCGCAUACCCAAAAUGCUUACUAUUUAGACCGCAAGUAUGGGUAUUCGGGCAGGGACAUUAAGAAUAAAUAGAUGUUAUUAUGUAUGAAGUAAAUUCACUCAGGAGCGUCACUGAAAAUAUAGAAAAUAUAGUUUAUUAUUAUGUCAACGAUAUAUUGAUUAGGUGCAUGACACCUCACUAGUGGUCCAUUUUAUGCCACUAGUCAGCGUCGUAGAGGUUUAGGUUUUUGGUGCGUUCAAGACAACUGGGGACUCUGAAGAAAACUAGCUCAGACUGUGAAAAAUCGUGACAUCAGUGAUCUCUUCAUGUCGGAGAAGUCGGAGCUCUAGGAAGAUGCCAGAGUUUCCGACUUGUAAUUCCGAGUUGGAUGGCCGUUAAAAACUUUUUUCACAGUCUGAGCUCAUUUUUUUCAGAGUUCCCAGUUCUCUUGAAUGUACUGAAGUCAGAGUUCGGAGAUUUCCUUGUUCCGAGUUCUGAGUUCCGAGCUGUCUUGAACACACCAUAAGAUGGAAGCAUAUUAUAGAAGGAGAGGUGGAGGCCAAGCCUGUUGUACCAGUAGAGCAGGCUUGGCCUGCACCCAAAAUGGGCCCUGGGUAUGUGAGAGGUGAGUCGUGAGUUAUGAGAAUACACCCUAUUUCUUCUUAAUUUGGGUUGUUGGAGGACGAUUUGGGUCACGGAUGUUCAAUUUCACAUUUGAGUCUCGAGCUGAAAAAGUUUAAGAACCCCUGAUUUAGAGGGUCAACAGAAGCCCCUUUGGGGUUUCGGUUCCAUGUUUGAGGGGACAUUCCGGUUCCAAGAGUAAGAGACAUUCCGGUUCCGGAAAUGUUUGGAAUCCUCCUGCACUUUAUGGACCCAUUGCUUCAGCCACUGUGAGUUCUGCCUGAGGAUGAUGCCUGUCCUGAAGGUAAAAUAAUAUGAUUCUGUCUUCAGUAAAGCGCUGUAGGUUUGGGGGAAGAGCCUGGCUGUAGUAGGGUUGGGCCAAGAAGGGGUAAGAGUCUGUGCUUUAACCUAAUGACACUAAAAUACAAGAUAAAUGAAGAAAGGAAAGGCCCCAGAGUGGCAAUGGCAUUGAAUUGUUUCUGUUCAGCCUUGGAGUUUAAAUGACCUGCAUGUGGUUGGUUUCGACCCCCUGCCUGCCUGUGCCUCUGUCCUCUUAUCAUGGCCCCCUUGUUGUGCUGCUGUGCUUCCUUUCUUUCUUUUCCUUUCUUUCUUAUGGAUCUUCCUCUCACUGUUCUGUUUCGUCCUCCCCCUCUAGUUCAGGUGUAAUCCAACACUGGCCCUGCUGGCUAGAAGUGCAAAUCUUUUGAAAGGCAAGAUACUAUAGGUCUCUUCCUGGUUCAAUAGUGAUAUCUCUUCCCGGUUCAAUAGUGAUAUAUUAUCUCUGUCAUAUUUUUCUCUGACUAACUGUAUAAAGCCAGUGACUGUCUCAAUACUGAAGCUCAGAACAGAGGGGGAUGGCUCUUGGAUAUUUCUUGUUCGUUUUUUAUUUUAAAAUGUGUUGUAUGUGUUCAGUGGUUGAAAUUUGUCUAAAGUUGGACUGUCUUUAACCAAUGAAAUGUAAAUUUAAGUGGGAUUUCUAUGAUUAUGUUCUUGAAACUACUUUCAGGAUUCUAUUUGGCAAAAUUAAAUUAAAUGUCAGUUUUCCAGCCCAUCUUCUUAAAGACAAUUUUACGUUUUUUGAUAUACACUGAGUAUAACAAACAUUAGGAACACCUUCCUAAUAUUGAGUUGAACCCCCCCACCCCUUUUUGCCCUCAGAACAGUCUAAAUUCGUUGGGGGUAUGGACUCUACAAGGUGUCAAAAGCGUUCCACAGGGAUGUUGGCCAAUUUUGUCUCCAAUGCUUCCAACACUUGUGUCAAAUUGGCUGGAUGUCCAUUGGGUGGUGGACCAUUCUUGAUACACACGGGAAACUGUUGAGCAUGAAAAAGCCAGCAGCGUUGGAAUUCUUGACACAAACCUGUGCGCCUGGUACCUACUACCAUACCCCGUUGAAACGCACUUACAUUUUUUGUCCUGCCCAUUCACCCUCUGAAUGGCACACAUACAUAAUACAUGUGUCAAUUGUCUCAAGGCUUAAAAAUCCUUCUUUAACCUGUCUCCUCCCCUUCAUCUACACUGAUUUAAGUGGAUUUAACAAGUGACAUCAAUAAGGGAUCAUAGCUUUCACCUGGAUUCACCUGGUCAAUCUAUGUCAUGGAAAGAGCAGGUGUUCUUAAUGUUUUGUAAACUCAGUGUAUACAUAAUAUAUAACAUAUUAUAAACUGGGUGGUUCGAGCCCUGAAUGCUGAUUGGCUGACAGCCGUGGUAUAUCAGACUGUAUACCACGGAUAUGACCUAACAUUUGUAUUGCUCUAAUUAUGUUGGUAAACAAUUUAUAAUAGUAAUAAGGCACUUCAGGGGUUUAUGAUAUAUGGCCAAUAUACCAGAGCUAAGGUGUUGCAUCGUGCAUAAGAACAGCCCUUAGCCGCGGUAUAUUGGCCAUAUACCACACCCCCUCGGGCCUUAUUGCUUAAAUAUAAACUGUAUAUUAUACUGAUAACAUUUACAUUUGUUUUGUAUGUGAUUAAAUACCCAACUCAGGCAUUAGGGAUUAAUAUGCGUAUUAUAAUGGCUCCAUUCCCAUCACACAAUAUACUGUAAGUUGAAUAAUGUCUGAAGGAAUGAACGUAAAACAGACAGGAUAGUACAGCACAUUACAUUACUGGAGCUAUAGCACCUUUAAAAAAUAGCAAAGUCACCUUGUCUGGGAACUUCAAGACACCUUGAGUAUACACACCUUCUGCAUCACCUCUUUGGUUUGUGCGUGUGUGCGUACGUUUGUCUGUUCGUCCGUGUGUGUGUGUGUGUGUGUUUCUCCCUCUCCAGGACUGAAGACCAUUGUCGGUGCUCUAAUCCAAUCUGUGAAGAAAUUGUCAGACGUUAUGAUCCUCACGGUCUUCUGUCUCAGUGUCUUCGCUUUGAUUGGACUACAGCUCUUCAUGGGCAACCUACGGCACAAAUGCGUGAUUUGGCCAAUCAACUCCACCGAGAACUACUUGGCCAACGGCAGCAAAGGCUUCGACUGGAAAGAAUACAUCAAUAACGACAGUAAGUAGCCUAGUCACAGUCAAACAGUCCAGGGUUGUGUUCUUUAGGGCACAGUGGCACACCAUAGUAAAAGGUUUCAAUUCUCUGGAAAACUUUUUGUCCUAUAUCCCUCUACAUAGCUAGAAAGAGAUGUUAUUCUGAUGAUGUUCUGUGUGUGUUUGUUUCUUUCACCAGCCAAUUUCUACUUCCUGCCUGGACAAUUGGAUGCCCUUUUAUGUGGCAACAGCUCAGAUUCUGGGUGAGUAGCUACUCUGUCUGUCUGUCUGUCUGUCUGUCUGUCUGUCUGUCUGUCUGUCUGUCUGUCUGUCUGUCUGUCUGUCUGUCUGUCUGUCUGUCUGUCUCCUUGUCUCUCUGUCUCCUUGUCUGUCUGUCUGUCCUUCUCCUCUUCAGACCCACUCUUCUCUUAUUAUUUUAUUAAACCAGACAACUGUACGAUAUGGCAGCCAUUAUGUUUUUGUAUGUACAGUGCAUUCGGAAAGUAUUCAGACCCCUUCACAUUUUCCACAUUUUGUUACUUUACAGCCUUUUUCUAAAAUUGAUUAAAUAAAACAUUUUCCUCAUCAAUCUACACACAAUAACCCAUAAUGACAAAGCGAAAACAGGUUUUUGGAUUUGUUAGCAAAUGUAUUAAAAAUAAAAAACAGAAAUACCUUAUUUACAGAAGUAUUCAGACCCUAUGAUAUGAGACUCGAAAUUGAGCUCAGGUGCAUCCUGUUUCCAUUGAUCAUCCUUGAGAUGUUUCUGCAACUUGAUUGGAGUCCACCUGUGGUAAAUUCAGUUGAUUGGACAUGAUUUGGAAAGGCACACACCUGUUUAUAUAAGGUCCCACAGUUGACAGUGCAUGUCAUAGCAAAAACCAAGCCAUGAGGUCGAAGGAAUUGUCGGUAGAAUUCCAAGACAGGGGCUUCGAGGCACAGAUCUGGGGAAGGUUACCAAAACAUUUCUGCAGCAUUGAUGGUCCCCAAGAACACAGUGGCCUCCAUCAUUCUUAAAUGGAAGAAGUUUGGAACCACCAAGACUCUUCCUAGAGCUGGCCGCCCGGCCAAACUGAGCAAUCGGGGGAGAAGGGCCUUGGUCAGGGAGGUGACCAAGAACCCGAUGGUCACUCUGAUAGAGCUCCAGAGUUCCUCUGUGGAGAUGGGAGAACCUUCCAGAAGGACAACCAUCUCUGCAGCACUCCACCAAUCAGGCCUUUAUGAUAGAGUGGCCAGACGGAAGCCACUCCUCAGUUAAAGGCACAUGACAGCCCGCUUGGAGUUUGCCAAAAGGCACCUAAUGGAAUCUCAGACCAUGAGAAACAAGAUUCUCUGGUCUGAUAAAACCAAGAUUGAACUCUUUGGCCUGAAUGCCAAGCGUCACAUCCCGAGGAAACCAGGCACCGCUCAUCACCUGGCCAAUACUAUCCCUACGGUGAAGCAUGGUGGUGGCAGCAUCAUGCUGUGGGGAUGUUUUUCAGCGGCAUGGACUGGGAGACUAAUCAGGAUCGAGGGAAAGAUGAACGCAGCAAAGUACAGAGAGAUCCUUGAUGAAAACCUGCUCCAGAGCGCUCAGGACCUCAGACUGGGGCGAAGGUUCACCUUCCAACAGGACAACGACCCUAAGCACACAGCCAAGACAACGCAGGAGUGGCUUCAGGGCAAGUCUCUGCCCAGCCAGAGCCUGGACUUGAACCCGAUCUAACAUUUCUGGAGAGACCUGAAAAUAGCUGUGCAGCGACGCUCCCCGUCCAACCUGACAGAGCAUGAGAGGAUCUGUAGAGAAGAAUGGGAGAAACUCCCCAAAUACAGGUGUGCCACGCUUGUAGCGUCAUACCCAAGAAGACUCGAGGCUGUAAUCGCUGCCAAAGGUGCUUCAACAACGUACUGAGUAAAGGGUCUGAAUACUUAUGUAAAUGUGAUAUUUCAGUCUUAUGUUUUUAUAAAUUUGCUAAAAACCAGUUUUUGCUUUGUCAUUAUGGGUUAUUGUGUGUAGGUUGACUAAUACAUUUCCGAAUAAGGCUGUAACGUAACAAAAUGUGGAAAAAUAAUAUUUUCAGAAAAGCACUGUAUACAGUAUAAUGCUCAGUCAUCGUAUGACUGUGUUGCCCUCUCCCCUCUCCCCCACCCAGCCGCUGCCCCGAGGGCUACACUUGCAUGAAAGCUGGGAGGAAUCCAAACUACGGCUACACCAGCUUCGAUAGCUUUGGAUGGGCUUUCCUGGCUCUCUUCAGACUCAUGACACAGGACUUCUGGGAGAACCUCUACAUGCUGGUAAGCACCGAAUUAAAUGGAACAUACAGUAUGAUAUACAGUAUGAUAUACAGAAUACAUUAUGAUGUACAGUAUGAUAUACAGUAUACAUUAUGAUAAACAGUAUACAUUAUGAUAUACAGUAUGAAAUACAGUAUACAGUAUGAUAUACAGUAUACAGUAUGAUAUACAGUAUACAUUAUGAUAUACAGUAUGCUAUAUGGUAUACAUGAUGAUAUAUAGUAUGAUAUACAGUAUACAUUAUGAUAUACAGUAUGAUAUACAGUAUACAUUAUGAUAUACAGUAUGAUAUACAGUAUACAUUAUGAUAUACAGUACGAUAUACAGUAUAUAUUAUGAUAUACAUAUCACAUACAGUAUACCGUAUGAUAUACAGUAUACAGUAUGAUAUACAGUAUACAUUAUGGUAUACAGCAGCCUUGGCACGCAAGGGUAUUUGCCUUGUCAUCAGUAAAGAAAAAUGAGGCAGAUGUCCGCUCAUUUAUUGCCUCUUGGACAAAGGAAUAUGGAUUCGUUUUACUGAAGGACCGGUCUGUUUGCGCUCUCUGUUGUAAAACUGUUGUUUGUUGGACAUUAAGUGUAUGGCGUCAUUUUGAAAUGAGACAUGAGAAAAACUUAAAGGAUGAGGCGGACACGGCUGAAGGAAUCAAGAGGGCCGUGUCCAGAUAGGAAAAGCAAAGCAGUGUGUUUACAAAUCUACAUGCAGUCAAAAAUCAAGCUACAUAGGGGAGCUACAAAGUUGCGCAGUACACUGCUAAACAUGGAAAACCAUUUACUAAUGGGGAAUAUAUCAAGGAGGCUUUCCUCAGUAGUUUGCAGGCUUUAUUUGAUGGAUUGCCUAACAAAGACACAAUCAUCUCAAAGAUAAAAUACAUGCCUGUGUCUACCAGAACUGUUGAAAGGCACAUUACCGAGAUGGUUGAAAAUGUAAAGGCACAGCAAACUGUAACGUUAAAAGAUGCACCUGUGUUUAGUGUGGCUCUUGAUGAGAGUGUGGAUGUGAAUGACAUUCCACGUCUGGCAGUUGUUGCAAGAUACUGUGACUCAGAGCAGGUACGCGAGGAGCUGCUUUGACUAAAACCCAUGCAUGGUACUACUAGGGAAGAUGUAGAAAAAGCCUUCCCAGAUCAUUUUGAGGAGAGAGGUGUCGAUAUUAAAAACAUAUUUGCUAUUACACAUAAAGGAUUCGCAAAAGCUGAUUGAAGAUAAGAUUGGUCACCCCGUGGUUAAAUGUCACUGUAUCAUUCACCAAAAGAAUCUGUGUUCCAAGAUCAAGCCCGUGGCGCUAAUGGGCAGCGCCUUUGUUUAGCGAGCUAUAGAAUUCUUCCAUUUGUGGGCAAUUAAAUAUUCUAUAGACACAAUUAGUUGUAAUGCAUAUAUUAAAAUCAUAACUGGCACGCAAAUCGUUAGAAAUGGUAGGGUAAAUUGGCACUCUACACAAAAAAGGUUACCGACCCCUGAUAUACGGUAUGAUAUACAGUAAACAUUAUGAUAUACAGUAUCUAUCAAUGAUAUUGUAUCUCUAUGCUGGUGAGACAGGCUUGUUGUUUCACAUGUUCAUCCUUGGUUUUCGAUUUUGAGUCAAACGCUAAAUGCUUUGUUCACAUAUUCAGCUGGCCGAUUUGCUUGCCUUUGGGUCAUAUUGCUACAUUACAUCUUCACACACUUCCUCCCCCCAAUUACAGUAUAGAUUACAGCACAGUAUAGCAAUAACACCUGGGGGAAGGGAGGAUAGUAAUUCCUUAUACCUGAGAUACAGGGAAAAUGGCACCCUAUUCCCUAUAUAGUGCACUACUUUUGGCCAUAUAUUUUCUUGGGAUUUUUAUGUCAUACACUCUCAGAGAGAGUGGGAUAUGUAAAAAAACACAUUUUCAAUAGGACAAAUAUAAUCACCCACCAAUAUUUUUGUUUUUGGUGUACUUUACUUUUGCUCAGAGCCUAAUUGGCACUGGCAAAUGGUAGUGCACUAUAUAUAUAUAGGUAUUGGAUACCAUUUCAGACAUAAGCAAGGACAUCCGCUAUUAGAAAUAACACUGAAUUCCUGUCAAGAGAAAGAUAUCCCUCCCACCUUCCCACCUGCUACUGUAUGACCCAAUGACUCCCCAUCCUCCAGUCUAAUAUAAAAACUGUGUUCUCCUGGCUCGACUCGCGCUGUCUUGCAGCCAAGCAGCUUCAUCUCCAUAUUGUGGCUCUUAGCUCAACUUGUCCUGUCUUACAGCUCAGCAUUUUAAUAUACAUACUGUGGCUCCUGGCUCGACUCAUGCUGCCUGUCUUGCAGCUCAGCAGAAGAUCCUGCCUGUGUCCCAAAUGGCACCCUAUUUCAUAGUGCACUACUUUUCAUAGCCCUAUGGGCCCUGGUCAAAAGUAGUGUACUAUAUAGGGAAUAGGAUGCCAUUUGGGAUGUAGACCCUCUCCUCAGCCAGGCAGGUUCUCUGUAAUGGUGGAAAGAAACACUUAGGCCUUCUAAUACAGAGCAGAGAGGGCAGGAGUGGGCGGAGGGAGGAGAAGGAAAGGAAGAGAUGAACCUGGGGAUUACAGUCAGGGCAAUCAGGGAGACUACGGCUGUGUCCCAAAUGGCACCCUAUUCCCUACAUAGUGUGCUACUUUUGACCAGGGCCCAUAGGGCUAUGGUUAAAGUAGUGCACUAUAAAGGGAAUAGGGUACCAUUUGGGAUGCAGUUUAGAUGGCUUCUUCUCUCUUCUUAGCUCAGAACAGACACUAUUUUUGGUCAGAUCUCCAAAUCUACUGUGCAUGUGCCAGUGUUCGCUCAUCUGAGCUUCUUAAUAUGGAGACUCAAGUCACCAUUCAUCUGUAUUCCAGAAGGAUAUUUGUGCUGUCCUGUUUUAAAUCAAGAUACUACAGUACAAUGUGUGCUGGUUUUCCAAGGAGGAAAAUCGGAGAAAUGAUCUCAACUUAUUUCCCAUUGUAUUGUAUCAGAUUAUCAGAUCAGACAUUCUAUAGUUCAACCUAGCAUUUAGAUUUUGCAUGAAUAAACACUACCUGCUCAAACAUUACCAGGUUUUAAGAUUCAUAUGCGCUGUAUCCAGAGUAGGCUCAGGUGUGUGUGUGUAGAAUAUUUGGUCUGCAGUACAUUUACAUUUUAGUCAUUUAGCAGACGCUCUUAUCCAGAGUUAGUGCAGAGUUACAGUUAGUGCAUUCAUCUUAAGGUAAAACAUAUAUUUUUUAAUGUACAUGUAAAACUUAAGGUAGCUAUGAGAGCCAACCGCAUAUCAUGGUCAUAAUAAGCUAGUUAUUUUAGGGACUCUGCUGUCCUAAUGUCAGUGGGAAGACUAUGUGGGGAACAGGAGGACAGUAGAGUUUCUGUCCAUUUGUCAGUUUGUGCUGGUACUCUGUCUUGCUGGGGAGUCACAGUGUGUUGUGUUGAAUAUUCUUACCAGCACUACAUGUAAACCGCAUCCAUAAUUGAUGGGGUAGGGAAUUGCUUCUGCCAGAACCCAGGAAGUCCUCUCUGUCUCUGCCUUUAACUCUGCUCCCUACAGACCAUACAUCCUCUUUUGAAGGGCCCUAGUGCAGACCAUACUGUACACCCUCUUUUGAAAGGGGAACUAAGUGUGCAUCCAAAAUGGCAACCUAUUCCCUAAGUGGACAACUUUUUUUUAGUAGACUGAAAUAUUGCCUCUAUGACAAGAAAGAAGGAAAAUGUCUGUCCAUUUAUAGAGUAGAAAAGUAGUACAUGCCAUGUCAUGUAACACAUACAUGGAAUUCUAAAUACUAUUAUGUAACAUUUAAGAGACUGGCUGUUUUAAAGGUAUGUUGGAGUUUUCUUUGCCUCCUGCUCUGUGCUUCUUUCUGCUUGAGACUCUUAAUACUCUCUCCACUGGGGAUAGCAUCCCAAUCCACUGAAAUCAUUGGGCUUGUGUUAGCUAGCUCGCUGGUGGGGUGUGCUUCCACUGCACUGCAUGGAAAACGAGGUCAAAAUGCAGAUAUUGGGUCGGGCUUCAUUUGAUGAAUAACGGCAGGUUGUGCCCAUGCUGGGAACCUAACACACACACACAAACACACACUGGGAACCUAGCGAAAUGCAGUCUGGUGCACCCAAGAAUAAUUCCUACUUCCUAGUGUCAAAUCAGUUAUAAAUCAUUGUUUAUGCAGCGUACAUAAUGUAUAUGACAGUGAAUUCGAAUCAGCAUCACGCUCUAGUAAGCAGAAGGGAAUCUAAAUAUAAUGUAUUAUGUUUUGAAGUGAGGAAGUGUUACAGUAGAUUCUACAUUUCUACACAGCCUGGAUAUCUUCAAGACUACUCAGUAACUGAUACAUAACCUCUGACCUCUACCCUCUAACUCUACCUCAAUAUGAACCUCACAGCCAAGUCAUAUGAGCCAGUUAUCAUCGGAAUGAACAAGAUCUGAGUAGAGGAGGGGGAACAAAGUGACGGCCUUUUCUGGAGGACUGGAUGAGUGACAAGUGUCUGAUUCUCUGCUGUACUCUCUGUUCUCUUCCAGACCCUGAGGAUGGCAGGGAAGGGAUGUUUUUCGGUUUAGAGGUCAGGGGUUAUAGGUUAAAUAGCAAUGUAUCUGACCCUCUGUUGUCUUCUCUCUCCUCUCCCAGACCCUGCGGGCAGCAGGGAAGACCUACAUGAUCUUCUUUGUGCUGGUGAUCUUCGUUGGAUCCUUCUACCUGGUCAAUCUGAUCCUGGCUGUGGUGGCCAUGGCCUAUGAGGAGCAGAACCAGGCCACCAUGGAGGAGGCCGAGCAAAAAGAGGCGGAGUUCAAAGCCAUGCUGGAGCAGAUCAAGAACCAGCAGGAGGCUGCACAGGUCAGUAUCCCAGUGUCUCUGUGUCGCAGCAUGUCUAUGAGGGUUGCCAAAUGGCACCCUUCUCCUGAUAUAGUGCAUAUGUGUUUGGUCAUAUGUGUUUGUUUCUCUGUCUCUGUUGUCACUGUCUCUGCAGGAGGCCGCACAGGUCAGUGUCUGUCUGUUCUGUUCUGUCUGUUCUGUUCUGUUCUGUCUGUCUGUCUGUCUGUCUGUCUGUCUGUCUGUCUGUCUGUCUGUCUGUCUGUCUGUCUGUCUGACUGUCUGUCUGUUCUGUCUGGUCUGUCUGUCUGUCGGUUCUGUCUGACUGUCUGUCUGUUCUGUCUGUCUGUCGGUUCUGUCUGUCUCUCAGCAGCUUUCUGUGUAUACUGUAUGUGCUUGUCUUUCUAUUGCCACUGUCUCUGCUUACUAUACUUCACUCCUAUCCUUGACUGUCUCUUUGGUUUAAAUCUGUUGUGCCUAAUAUAAGCAGUGGAGCCGUGUUCGUUACAGUGCUCCUAUACCUCACUGUGUUUGUGACGGAGGUGAGUAACCUUGCCUGAGACCUGAAGAUUUGCAUGGGCUUCCUGAGCCAAUGCCUAGGCUUUGGCUUAGCGGGCUAAUGCACUCUUCUGGCUCACAGCAAACCGGGGUUCGAACCCUGUCUGUCACAUAUGCUUAGUUUCAAUCUGUUUAGCCUGAUAUAAGCUGUACAGCCAUAUCUCUGACGCCUAGCUACGCAAAAUGGCCAUUUUGCAUACUUGCUUGGCAAAAAUAGGCAUACUUGCACAGCCCCAAGUAAGUCAAGUGCAGCUGCAGCCCCGCAAUUUGUAUCUUGAUGAAACUACGCAGGAUCGCCAUUUUGAGUAGCUAGCUAAAUGCAUUGCGUGUUUGCAUAGGGUAUAAAUUAGGCUUCAGGAGGGCUGGACACAGACAGGUGUUUUUCUCACUCUCUCUGUCCCGGUGCGGCGGUCUGCGAUAGGCCAAUGCCAUGGCGACGUCGGCAGGCACGGUGUCGGAGGACGUAGCGGAGGACGACGGUGGGGGGAACCUGUCCUGUAGCUCGUCAGAGAUGUCCAAGCUCAGCUCCAAGAGCGCCAAGGAGCGGCGCAACCGCAAGAAGAAGUGGCGCCAGAAAGAGCAGUUACAGAGGGAAGAGAAGGGGGACUGCGAGAAGUUCGUCAAAUCUGAGUCAGACGACGGCAGCAAGAGGAGCCGCUUCCGUUUCCCUGACAACCGGUUGGGUCGAAAGUCUUCCAUCAUGAACCAGGUGAGAUGACGAAGGUUGAAGGUCACGGUGUAAUGCAUUCUGGGGCAUAGAUCAUUUAGCCUUGAGCAAUAAACUCAGAUAAACACUAUUUAUAGCUUUGUAAUGUAUCUGUUUAAGGCUCCUACUACAGUGUGUAAAGUAUAUUGGUUGUAGCUAAAAGUUAGAACCAGUUUAUAACAUCAUAACAUAUACAGUGCUGUGCGUAUAUUUGUUGUAUCUAAAUAUACAGUAGCAUGCAUCAUAACCUGCUGUUGUAGCUAAAGAUAUAGUAGCAUGCAUCCGAGGCUUGAAUUAUUAACAGUGAGUACAUGAAUGUUUCAGUGAUAGAAGAGCAGUCACACAGUGUGGUUUUGCUCUGGCAUCUUUCAUAGUGUACUGUUACUGUAUCUGUUCAACAACACAGGGCAGUACUCCUAUGAUGAUAACUGUUAUUUAAACACAAAGCGAUGCAGUCAUGUGAAUUCUAUUGGUGUUAGAACAAGGUUUUGUCUGAGUUCAUCAUCAUCAUCUACAGUAUUAGAGAAUUGGCCCUCUAACCAGAUGAGUACUCACAGGCUUGUGACCAUAAACGUGUCAAAUCAGCAGAGCGAACAUGUUUAUAACAGUAGUAAGAAAGAGGAUUCUAUAUGCAACAUUAGUAAGAGGAUCGUAGUAGUAAGAGGAUCGAUACAGUACAGGUCCAGAUUCACAGUGAGAACAGUAGGAUGCCUACAGCUCAUAUUUCCAUAGAAUAACUAGAAUGGAGAAUCCCAUUCAAAUCAAUGUUCUGACAAUGCGUGGACUGGCGGCAAUAUUGAGUGUACCCAUAGAAGAAAAACACAAAGUAGAAGCAGGAAGUGCAUAUUUUCCCAUGCAGUGUUGGGCUCAGCUGUGUGUUUCUCCUGUCUGACUGUCCUGUGUUUGACCUUGCUGGGGUAGGAUGUCAGUCGCCUAAUUAUUUGAUUAUAUGACACGGUGAGCCAUCAAGUCCUGCUCACCAGACCUGAGGGUCUGGGUGUGAGGGCACCGCACUCUACUGGCUACAAUCAUACCUCACCAACCGGACCCACUAAAAACAACACCCUCAUCUCUUUUCUUCUCUCAAGGAGAUUGGAAUUCCCAUAGUGAUCCUAUAAUUCUAUAUGUAAUUCUAUGGGAAUUCCAGCCUCCUUUCAUAUUUUUGAAGCUAAAUGUAGAACAGGGCUCUCCAACCCUGUUCCUGGACAACUACCCUCCUGUAGGUUUUCACUCCAACCCCAGUUGUAACUAACCUGAUUCAGCAUGUCAACCAGCAAAUUAUUAGAAUCAGGUGCACUGGAUUAGGGUUGGAGCGAAAACCUACAGGACGGUAGCUCAUCCAGGAACAUGGCUGGAGAUCCCUGAUGUAGACAGGACUAAAACAGAUAAAGAGAAAUGGCAGGAGGACAGAUGGUAGGAAAGGUGGUUGUGGGGAUUCAACCCACGACCUUCAGUGCUCUUUUGUAUGCUUUGUGUCAGGAGUUUUACACAGCUACAUCAAUCUCUCUCCUCUCCUCUCCUCUCCUCUCCUCUGUCUUUUACCCUCCUCUCCUCUCGUUUCCUCCUCUCCUCUCCUCAUCUCCUUGUCUUCUUGUCCCUUGCAGUCCCUCCUCAGUAUCCCAGGCUCGCCGUUCCUGUCGAGGCACAACAGCAAGAGCAGCAUCUUCAGCUUCAAGGGGCGCGGCAAGGAUGUGGGCUCGGAGAACGAGUUUGCUGAUGACGAGCAUAGCACUGUGGAGGAGUGCGAGGAGAGGCGGGACUCCCUGUUCAGCCCGUACCGGCGGAGCAGCUACACGGGCUACCACCACGGCGGCGGGAAGAGGAACUCAACGGUGGACUGCAACGGCGUGGUGUCUCUGAUCAGUCCGGGGACCGGCGGACGCCUUCUGCCUGAGGUGAAAAUAGAUAAGGCAUCUGCUGACGACAGUGUAAGGAAGUCAAUGAGUAACUCAGACCCGUCUCGUCUAGGCAUGGCCCCCUCUUUCUCUCUCUUACUCUCUCUUUCCCAACUUUCUCUCUUCCCUCACUUUCUUAUUCUCUCUGUCUCUCUUCUCAACUUUUUUCUUUGCAAGUCCGUAUGUCUGCGCUAUCUGCGCUCUCCCUCCUCCCCUGCUCCUAGUGUCUAGUGUAUGCUAUGCUGCCCCCCCAACCCAAAGAAGCAAAAUAGAGAAACUUUAGUUUACUUUAUCAGAAAAAAAGGUUCUUAUUGUUACUUUAUAACUGGGGUUUUCAGUGACUUCCAGCAUACUGUUGUUUUAUAUCUCAACGUUUUAAUUUUCUCACUCCAAAUGGUGUUACAUUACAUUGACAUUAAAGGGAUAGUUAGAGAUUUUGGCAACUAGGCCCUUGCUCCUGUAGACUUCCAGUCAUUGCACUAACACUAGUUAGCGAUGGCUCCAGAAAUGACCUUCAACUUCCUUCAAACUGCACACAGAGACAUAAUGGUAUCCAUGAGUUCAUCUGACUCUGGGGAAGUAGAAAAAAGGGCUUAAUUGCCAAAAUCUCGAACACUCCCUUUAACAUUUUAGUCAUUUAGCAAACUCUUAUCUUAGAGCGACGUCAGUGCAUUCAACUAAGAUGGGUAUAAACAACCACAUAUAACAGUCAUCAUAAGUAAAAACCCUCUUCAAAAUAGCGGAACUAUUUCCUUCCUUUUCAAACAAUCAACAGUGAAGAAACCAAACCAAACAAAACGAAAAAACCAAACCAAUCUUUCUCUCUUGCUAGUAAGCAGCAUGGUAGUUUGACCUGCCCUUCUACCAGGUCUUGUACAAUGUUUCUGAAUUAGCCAGCAUGAUAACAACCAAACUAGUGGCUAUGAUGUCUAUCCACUCCUACUCUUUGACUUGGUGCAUGCUCAAUGCAUGACGACUGGAACGACCGCAAUCCGAAUAGUGUUGCCCCUGUGUUCUCCUAGUGUUCUCCUACAGUAACCAGACUACUCUUCCCUCCAUGUUCUCCUCAAAUGCUACAGGAUUUGUUACAGGACUUGAAGGUGAUAUUUCAGGGUCAAAUAGAAAAUGGAUUACUAUCAGAUAGUAUGGAGUUCUGAGUUUGGAUGGGGUUAGGGACAGGAUAAUGGUUGGAAAGUGGAAAAAAGGCUGUGUCCGAAAUCUGUCUUGCCUACUACUUAAUAAAACGACAUACUAUGUGCUAAUGUACUAUUCAUAGCACAUACCAUUUAGAACGUACUAUUUAGUAUACAUGUAUGCAGUAAGCAACAAAUAUCAACAUACUAGGCUCACCCAUACUGAGAAGGCGUCAUCUUAAUGCGCAAUUGCGUUGUUUCCUGCCAUUCCUUCAUUUUGGUAUAGCGCGACCUCUUAUCUGAUUAUCAGCUGUUGUCAAACACACGUGGGUCUGAAAACACGCUUUUCUUCCUCAAUAGUCGAAAUGAGUAUGACAUCCUGGCAUUUAAACCAUACAACAUUUUCAAAAUGUCACAUACUAUAAAACGUUAUAUUUUCGCAUACCCAAUCAGCCUACUAUUGAGAACGCAAGUACGGGUAUUCGGACACGGCCAAAGUGGCAGCAUUGGAACAUUUAGGCAGGGGGACAUUUAGUUAGAAUGGAUGUGAUGUAAUGAUGGUUGGAACCUAUUUUACAAGUUCAGAGAAUAGGUAAGUCACACCGUGAAUACAUACACACACAAAUACAAAACACUUCCCUGCUCAAUAUCAGAAUAUUAAACUCUUAUUCAAGUAUUUUGUAAUGACGAUAAGGUCACAAUAGACAAAUAUCCCUAUACCACUGCUCCCACUCUGGCUGCAUAUGACCUGCAUGUUUCUACACACAACAUAUUCUCAACAUCUAUCGACAAUAAGACAAAUACAGUACUACCCACUGUGCCAACCAAAGAAUUACCAACCUCCAAUCUAGGCCUACCCCUCCUUCCAAUUCAAUCUUGUUACAAGUGCGCUUCCCUCCCUGGCCAGCGAUGGCGCUGUGGGAUGGUGUUCAUGGUUUGACUACCAUCAGUGCUUGAUUCUUCUUCUUCCUCCUGGCAGCCCACUACUGAGGUUGAGGUGAAGAAGAAGCUGUCUGGUUCCCUGAUGGUGUCUGUGGACCAGCUCAAUACCUCCUUCGGAAGGAAAGAGCGGGCCAACAGUGUCAUGAGCGUCAUCACCAACACACUAGUGGAGGGUACUGCCCCUAUACUAUUACAUUUUACAUUUUAGUCAUUUAGCAGACGCUCUUAUCCAGAGCGACUUACAGUUAGUGAGUGCAUACAUUUUCAUACUAUUCAUUUCCCUACACUAACUAACUAGCUAUUUCCAUGCUUUAAUGUUUUCAGCUGAGAGUGUAAACCAAAAAGUUAGUGUAGGGAAAUAAAUAGGCAGAUCUUACUCAGGCUCUUACCUUAGAGGCCUUUUUUUGGUAGGAACAGUUAUUUCUAUUUCGCUAUUUCCUUAUCUAACUGUUUUAAGAUAAGAUAUUUACGUUAAGACUUUAUUGAUAGACUUUAUUGAUCCCCAAAUGGGAUUCAACUGAGGUGCCCUUCUCUCUUAUUGGACGAACAGUUAUACAUCUCCUAUAUCUAUAUCUAUAGCUUGUCAUUCUUGUACUGACAGAUACUGCAUAACAGACAUAUUAUUAUUAUGUAUUACAUAAACAGAACAUAUUAUUAUUUUAUAACAUGUAUCAAAAGCAGACCUGGGGUCAAUAACUCUCAGUUUGCUUUCAAAUACUUUGAGUGUUUCCUUUAGUUUCCUUUUAGAGUGCCAGGUGGGCGUGGACAGGAUUUGCACUGUUGGGGACUAUUCUAUUAUUUGGAUUUUUGAUAUAUUCCUUUCCUUGCGGGUCUCUUAAUCAAUUUUCUCAGAACUGGAGGAGUCUCAGCGUAGUUGUCCACCUUGCUGGUAUAAGUUCUCCAACAUCUUCCUCAUCUGGGAGUGUUGUCCCAUCUGGCUGAAGAUCAAAGAGAUCGUCAACCUGAUCGUCAUGGACCCAUUCGUGGACCUGGCCAUCACCAUCUGUAUCGUCCUCAACACCCUCUUCAUGGCAAUGGAGCACUACCCCAUGACCCCGCACUUUGAGGAGGUGCUGUACGUGGGAAACCUGGUGAGGAUCUCUUUUUUGUGUGGUAUUUUACAGGCGUUUUAAGCUGGUACUUAAAGGGGCACUUCAUCACUUUCUAACCUCAUAUUCACAUGUAGACACUGGUAUGGCGCUGGAGAUAAUGAAUAUGAGGUUAAAACAUGGUGAAGUGCCCCUUUAGAAAGUAAGCUGGUACUUUAAGCUAGUACUUACCUACACUACCGGUCAAACGUUUUAUAACACCUACUCAUUCAAGGGUCUUUAUUUCUACUAUUUUCUACAUUGUAGAAUAAUAGUGAAGACAUCAAAACUAUGAAAUAACACAUAUGGAAUCAUGUAGUAACGAAAUAAGUGUUAAACAAAUCAAAAUAUAUUUUAGAUUUGAGAUUCUUCAAAUAGCCACCCUUUGCCUUGAUGACAGGUUUGUACACUCUUGGUAUUCGCUCAACCAGCUUCAUGAGGUAGUCACCUGGAAUGCAUUUCAAUUAACAGGUGUGCCUUCUUAAAAGUUAAUUUGUGGAAUUUAUUUUCUUCUUAAUGCGUUUGAGCCAAUCAGUUGUGUUGUGACAAGGUAGGGGGGGUAUACAGAAGAUAGCCCUAUUUGAUAAAAGACCAAGUCCAUAUUAUGGAAAGAACAGCUCAAAUAAGCAAAGAGAAACGACAGUCCAUCAUUACUUUAAGACAUGAAGGUCAGUCAAUACGGAACAUUUCAAGAAUUUUGAAAGUUUCUUCAAGUGCAGUCGCAAAAACCAUCAAGCGCUAUGAUGAAACUGGCUCUCAUGAGGACCGCCACAGGAAUGGAAGACCCAGAGUUACCUCUGCUGCAGAGGAUAAGUUACCAGCCUCAGAAAUUGCAGGCCAAAUAAAUACUUCACAGAGUUCAACUAACAGACACAUCUCAACAUCAACUGUUCAGAGGGGACUGUGUGAAUCAGGCCUUUAUGGUCGAAUUGCUGCAAAGAAACCACUACUACUAAAGGACACCAAUAAGAAGAAGGGACUUGUUUGGGCCAAGAAACACGAGCAAAUGGACAUUAGACCGGUGGAAAUGUGUCCUUUGGUCUGAUGAGUCCAAAUUUGAGAUUUUUGGUUCCAACCGCUGUGUCUUUGUGAGACGCGGUGUGGGUGAACGGAUGAUCUCCGCAUGUGUAUUUCCCACCGUAAAGCAUGGAGGAGGAGGUGUUAUGGUGUGGGGGUGCUUUGCUGGUGACACUAUCUUAACCAGCAUGUCUACCACAACAUUCCAGCGAUACACCAUCCCAUCUGGUUUGGGCUUAGUGGGACUAUCAUUUGUUUUUCAACAAGACAAUGACCCAACACACCUCCAGGCUGUGUAAGGGCUAUUUUACCAAGAAGGAGAGCGAUGGAGUGCUGCAUCAGAUGACCUGGCCUCCACAAUCCCCCGACAUCAACCAAAUUGAGAUGUUUGGGAUGAGUCGGACAGCAGAGUGAAGGAAAAGCAGCCAGCAAGUGCUCAGCAUAUGUGGGAACUCCUUCAAGACUGAUGGAAAAGCAUUCCAGGUGACGCUGGUUGAGAGAAUGCCAAGAGUGUGCAAAGAUGUCAUCAAAGCAAAGGGUGGCUAUUUGAAGAAUCUGAAAUAUAAAAUAUAUUUUGAUUUUUUAACACUUUUGGUUACUACAUGAUUCCAUAUGUGUUAUUUCAUAGUUUUGAUGUCUUCACUAUUCUACAAUGUAGAAAAUAAUAAAAAUAUAGAAAAACCCUUGAAUGAGUAGGUGUUAUAAAACUUUUGACCGGUAGUGUAGUAUUUGCAUGGUAUUAACUUAGAAAGUAUAUGGUAACAUUAGACACUUUCUAGUAUUUAGUUCAAAUAAUUCAACCCACUUGAUAGGACAGUCAGUAGAGGGGACAGGAAAGACAGGAGAAGUGUGUGUCAAACAGGCAGUGGGACAGAUUCAUAUGUGUGCACCAGGGGCGGCGACACUAACUCCGAGCUAGACCACAGUGUGACCACCCCAGGCCUCUCUCUUUCAACUCUCUAUCUUGUUUCCGUUGUAUUUCCCAUCAUAGCUCCAUUGAUAGUGUGUUCAUAAAAAAAAAGAAUAGAAUCUGACAUUUGAUCGUUAUCUCGUCCUUGUGGUUGUGCGUUGACAAUGACGUCUCCUCUUAUAACAUCUUGUCCCCUGUCGUCUGCUGAGAGAGCUGUGUUAUUUUGGUACACAUAAUUGGCAGUUCUUUCAUUGGCUAGUCAAAGCUAAAUCAUUUACAUUUACAUUUACGUCAUUUAGCAGACGCUCUUAUCCAGAGCGACUUACAGGAGCAAUUAGGGUUAAGUGCCUUGCUCAAGGGCACAUCGACAGAUUUUUCACCUAGUCGGCUCGGGGAUUAGAACCAGCAACCUUUCAGUUACUGGCACAACGCUCUUAACCACUAAGCUACCUUAGUUUCCCUGUAUCUAUACACGUCUUCCUUGUGUCUUUCCAUGGUACAUGUACCACCGUCCCUUCUCUUCCUCUAUCUUCUCUCGCUUUCCUCCUCUCCGCUCUGCUCCUCUCCUUUCUCCCUCUCUUUCCCCCCCCCCUCUCUCUCCCCAUUUCUUACAUGGGGCUGGCCUGUAUACUGUAGGAGUGUCUGUCUCUCUCUCUCUCUCUCUCUCUCUCUCUCUCUCUCUCUCUCUCUCUCUCUCUCUCUCUCCUUUCUCUCAACCCCCCCUCCCCCCUCCUCUCCUAUCAUAUGAUUCUUCUGUGCUGCUGUUUCCUUGUCCCAGGCAGCACUCUGCUUCACGCUGCCUGCUCUGUCUCUGUGCUGCCUGCCAGGCUGGUGGGAGGCCUACAUUCAUAUUUGAUGCUGCUUGAUCGAUGAGCUCCUCUAAAAUGGUGCCUGAAGACUGGCUCUUUCUUUCUGAAAUCCCAACCUGUUUUUUUUCUUCACAUUAGCAUUUCUGAGUCAAAUUCCUGAGCUGCACAUAGGAUUUCAGCAUAUUGCUUAGGGCCUUAAGCCUACUAGCUAAUGCAAGCUAAAGCUAAAGCAACUAGCUAAUGCUGUUAUCAUGGAUACCAUUACAAUUUCGACAGAAACACCAUCAAAGUAGAGCUGAUGCACAUUAGGAUUUCACUGUCUAGUUAGCAUGUUAGCUAAAGCUACUAGUUAAUGUUGUUAGCAUGGAUAGCUUAUCAGUAGAACACAGUCUCUCUUUCUGUGGUAUGGUUAGGAUAUUGAUAUUGAUAGCAGCGGUUUGAUCAAUUUACAGCAGCUGAAAAAUGUAUCACUUUCAGUAAAUUGUGAGAUCAGUCUUUUACAUAUUAGACCAGUGUGUAUUUGUUGUGAAAUAGAAACAUUUAAAAUUUUAAAAAGAUCAUUUUCAAACACACAAACGCACACUCACACACACACACACACACACACACACACACACACACACACACACACACACACACACACACACACACAGUGCUAGCCUCUUGCUAGUGGGCUACCUUAAUUUCCAUUUAAGGUAGUGCUCACUGCUCACUUUUUUAAGGAAUUAUAGUACGAGUUCCUACAGUACGUCUGACCUCUGUUUGUCGCUUUGAAAGGUAAAUGUUUCAGUAGCAGUUACUCUAACUGACCUCUGACCUCUAUCCGUCCCUGCCAGGUGUUCACAGGGAUCUUUGCUGUGGAGAUGUUUGCCAAGCUGGUUGCCAUGGAUCCCUACUACUACUUCCAGGAAGGGUGGAACUGCUUCGACGGCUUCAUUGUGACCCUGUCGUUAGUGGAGCUGGCAUUGGCUGACGUGGAGGGGCUGUCUGUGCUCAGAUCAUUCCGAUUGGUAAACUGUCUUUUAGCCCCGCCCUCCUCCAAAAUAUACGUCUGUCAGUUGUGUACACAAAUCAUAUCAAUUCCACAGUGUGCAUUGAUUCACACACUGAUUGAUUACAUGGUGUUGCUCAACUACAGCACUGUCUGUUGCAGUGAUACAUUUACUUGUGUGCAAUACAACUUACUAUAUAUACUGCCUUACUAGUCUAUGUACUGCUAGUUUUCAUAACUACUGCUACUUCUACCUCUCUAUCAAUUACCAUACCAAUACCCCAAGAGCCAUUGCUGCAACCAGAACUGAUCACUCAACCCCCUGCUGAUAAUGAAUAUUUUCAUCUCUCCCUUCUUCUGUCAUUCUCACAUCCUCUCUUCCUCCCUCCCUCUCUUUCUUCCCCCCUCCCCUCUCCAUCACUCUCUUCCAUGCCCCUCUCUCAGCUAAGGGUGUUUAAACUGGCCAAGUCGUGGCCCACACUCAACAUGCUGAUCAAGAUCAUCGGGAACUCUGUGGGCGCCCUGGGAAACCUGACCCUCGUCUUAGCGCUCAUCGUCUUCAUCUUUGCCGUGGUCGGUAUGCAGCUGUUCGGCAAGAACUACAAGGACUGUGUGUGUAAGAUCGCCCUGGACUGUAAGCUGCCCCGCUGGCACAUGCACGACUUCUUCCACUCGUUCUUGAUGGUGUUCCGGGUGCUGUGCGGGGAGUGGAUUGAGACCAUGUGGGACUGCAUGGAGGUGGCCGGACAGGGCAUGUGUCUCAUCGUCUUCAUGAUGGUCAUGGUCAUCGGGAACUUGGUGGUAAGUGUCCCCAGAGUGUGUCUUUGUAACAAUGCUACCCUGAUGGUUCUCAAACCGCGGUCGCCAUAACCGAGGGUAGUGACCGUAAUCACUGGCCCAAGAAACGUAACUCUCUGGGAGCAGUUUGCUGUCUUAUGAACACCAGAUUCGUUAUACUACACAUACCAGGUCCCAUGUGUACACACAUCUCCGUUGGCCAUACCAGAUCCACCCUCACGUCUGACCCAGUGUGUGUCUCCUCUCCUCCCUAUAGGUGUUAAACCUUUUCCUUGCCUUGCUGCUGUCCUCGUUCAGCGCAGACAACUUAGCCGCAACAGACGACGACGGAGAGAUGAACAACCUUCAGAUCUCUGUCAUCCGCAUCAAGAAGGGCAUCGCCUGGUUCAAGAUCAAGCUGGCAGAGUUGGUGCUCAGCUUGACCAAGAAGCCACCGGUGGAGGAUGAACAGAAACCUUUAGACGACAUGUACAACAAGAAACUGAACUGUAUCGCCAACCACAGUGGUGUGGAUAUCAACCGCGACCUGGACUACACCAAGAAUGGUAACGGCACCACUAGUGGUAUAGGGAGCAGCGUCGGGAAGUACAUGAUCGACGAGGACCACAUGUCCUUCAUCCACAACCCUAACCUGACCGUGUGCGUUCCCAUCGCGGUCGGAGAGUCCGACUUCGAGAACCUCAACACCGAGGACUUCAGUAGCGAGUCGGAGAAUGAGAACAGCAAAGAGGUGAGUGAACAGAGAGUUAGUUAGCCAAAUGUUUAAUGAAUAUGUUGUCAUGAGAACCUGGUACGUAAAUAUGGCUCUGAUGAAAGGUAGUACACGAUAAAGAAUAGGGUGCCAUUUUAGAUGCACCCAGAGUUUAUCUCUUGAUAAUGAUGUCAUUGUAAUGUUGCAGGAGGUAAUUUUGGGAUUAUGUUGUAGUAAUGUUGUGGUAUUUUUGCAGGGGGUAAGUAAUGUUGUGGUUAUGUUGUAGUAAUGUUGCAGCAAUGUAGUAAUGUUGCAUGGGGGUAAUGUUGUAGUCACCAAUGUUGUGGUUAUGUUGUAAUAAUGUUUUGGUAAUGUUAUAUUAAUGUUGUAUUAAUGUUGUGGUAAUGUUGUAUUAAUGUUGUGGUAAUGUUGUAGUAAUGUUGUAGUAAUGCAUUACUCCAUGGUUGUUGUUGUGGUCUCCUGGCUGUAAAGCAUGGGUGUGGUCACCAGUGUAACAUUAGUUUCCAUUCUCCAAGGCUCUUAUGUAACUCCAUUACUCAAUAGUAUACACACACUAAUAUAGGAAUGGCUACAGCCGUGGAUGAAAUGGAUAUCUGCUGACUGGUUUUAGUUUUUUUCUUAAAACGUUGCAAAUACAUUUAGGAGUAUGGCUAGAGUGGAUGGUUAUUUGAUAUUCCAUCUUUGUAGGCUAAAGUACAUCUUAAAUCUGUGGCAUGUCAUAUUUUUAGGAAUUGCAGUUUGCUGCUGUUGUUUUGAUAUUUACAGUUAAGUCUUAUCAUUUGCUUAUUAUUACGGUAGUUUAGCAUUUAAGUCAACUUUAAUCACUUAUUGGAGGCUCUCAUUUAAAAUCUAGCCCUCUAAUUUAAUGUAAAGUCAAGGUGAGUUACAACCAUGUCAUUGGUUCCCUAUUAAUCAUGUUAUGUGUUUCCUCAAGGUCAUAUGCAUAGGCUGCAUUUAGAACUGAUGACAGAUCACACGCUUAUCAUGUAGACAUGGGUAGACACAUCUCAUUUUGUGUAUGACCAGAAUGUAUCUUAGUCCCAGGAGUAUUUCUUCUUCUUCUUCUUCUUCUUCUUCUUCUUCUUCUUCUUCUUCUUCUUCUUCUUCUUCUUCUUCUUCUUCUUCUUCUUCUUCUUCUUCUUCUUCUUCUUCUUCUUCUUCUUCUUCUGUCUGUCUACCUAUAUGAAGCCUCGGGGAGGUAGCUAUUUAUACAGUAAGACAUCUAACCUCAGUGAGACCCACUGCAAUGCAUGCAGCAGUAUGUAUAAAUGGCUGUGAGAGAGUCUUAGCCAUCGGUCAUGUCUCUCUCUCUUGUCUGUCUCUCUCUGUGUACCAAUACCCCAAGAGCCAUUGCUGCAGACAGGGCUUUUGAUCAGUCAACCUGCUGCUGAUGAUGUGUUUCCUCUGUCCCUUGUCCUGUCGUUCUCACGUUCUCUCUGUGUGUUCCUCUCUGUCUCUCCCUCUCUCUCUCUCUCUCUAUCUCUGCGUCUGUCUGUAUCUCUGUGCAUGUGUGUGUGUAUGUAUCUCUCUCUCUCGCUCUGUCUGUGUGUGUAGCUGGACGACACCAGCUCAUCGGAGGGCAGCACCAUAGACAUCAAGCCUGACGUGGAGGUGGAGGCUGUGGUGGUGGAGGCUGUGGAAGAGUACCUAGACCCAGAAAACUGUUGGACACCUGGUAGGAGUGCACCUUGCUCUUCCCUGCCCGGCCCCGCCCAUCCGUGCCCUGCCCCAACCCUCCCCGCCCCCCUGCUCUGAACCACUCCUUGCCCUCCCUGCCCUGAACCACUCCUUGCCCUCCCUGCCCUAAACCACGCCCUGAGACUCCCUUGCCCUCCAUGCCCCUCCCAGCCCCUCCCUGCCCUGCUCCUCCCAGUUUGUAAUUUGUACAUUUUUUUCACAUUUUUAGUAAUGGUGUAAUGUUGUGUGUGUGUGUGCCUGUCCCCUUCCAUACAGAGUGUAUUAUCAAGUAUCCAUGCUGCGACGUGCCUAUCACUCACGGGUGGGGAAAAUAUUGGUGGUUCCUGAGAAAGACAUGCUAUCUAAUUGUGGAGCAUAACUGGUUCGAAACCGUCAUUAUCUUUAUGAUCCUACUCAGUAGUGGGGCCCUGGUAAGUCACAGUGUGGAGCGUUAACACACACACACAAAUGCAUGUACACUCACACACACAGCGAGACAGAGAGGCUUUGGUCAAUAGUUGUGCAGUAGAGAAUAAGGCAGGGUGCCAUUUCAGACGCAGAGAGGAGGUAGAGUGUGAGUGGAGAAGGUUGGCUAUUUAAGGGCUGUGUUUCUCUCUGCCUGGCUAUGAGGACAUAGGACAAAACAUGGAGUGGUGCAGUCAGCAGGCCCAGUCACUGAAGAGGGUGGGGGGAGGGGCCAGGCAGGAGCAUCUCAGCCAGUCACUGUACUAAGGAGGUGUGGGGGGGGGGGGGGGGGGGGGCAGGAGCAUCAGAGCAGAGCAGAGCCGGACUGAGGCUGUGUCCCAAAUGGCAGUCUAUUCCCUUUAUAGUGCACUACUUUUGACCAAAAGUAGUGUACUACAUAGGGAAUAGGCUGCCAUUUGAGCCAGGCAGCCAUUUGAGACACACAUGGACUCUCUCUGUGAUUAAUGGACUGUACCAUUUAUCUGAGAGGGGAUCUAAUGGACUGUGUGAUUUAUCAGAUAGGAUAGGGGGGGAAUCUAUUUCUGGUGCCAAGGGAGCUAUGUCCUCAGGCAUGACGUCAAAUCAGCAGGGAGGGAAUAGUGCAAUCAAUGAUACAUUUAUACUGGAGAUAUUUUUGUAUAAUAAAUCCUGUUAGUUUUUAGUCAUGAUUGAGCAACAGAACCGUUGUUGUAUACAUUUUCAUCACUUUUAAUGUAAAUAGUCUGUUGACUUUAUUGUGUUUCUAAUCAUCCAUGAUUUUUGAGGUAUUCAUUGUUGUACUUAUAUGGCUGAGGCAAAUUAUAGGCUAUGUAUUUUAAAUUUGUCAAAUAAAAUCACAGAGCAUGUUCAUUUCCCCCCAAUUCAGCUGAAGCGAACCGUGUAUGUGCUCCCCCCCCCCCCCCCCCCCCCCCCCCCCCAGGCUUUUGAGGAUGUGUACAUCCAGCAGAGGAAGACCAUCAGGACCAUCUUGGAAUACGCCGACAGUGUGUUCACAUACAUCUUUAUCCUAGAGAUGUUGCUCAAAUGGGUUGCCUACGGAUUCCACAAGUACUUCACCAACGCCUGGUGCUGGCUCGACUUCUUCAUUGUCGAUGUAAGUAACAUUUCCUGAUUCUUUACGGUAGAUUUGGUAGCCAUUUUGUAAAGGCAGGAUAGGAAGCUAGGACCAUAGAAAUAGAAUUGACUUGAAGGGGGUGGCCCAUUCUAGGAAGUCUAUUUCUAUGGCAACCACACCCUGUUGAAGCAAUGUGCUGUACUGUUAAAGUAGCUGUCCAGUGUUUCCAGAUUUCUAUGAAAUAUUAUCAAUAAUUAAUUACAAUAUGAGUGAAAUAGUUUUCAAAAAAUUGUAAUUAAGUAUGUUAAAAAGCAGCUUUUCUGUGUUUGAAUGGUGUGGCCGUACCCCAACAACAGAAUGGUGUGGACGUAUACAGGUCAAUAAAUGUUUGUAUGACAAGUAAACAGCUGAUUGGCCAGUUCAGCCAAUGAGACAUCUCGGACAAAAACAUUACAUCAUACUGUGAGGAAAUAAAAAACAACAUGUAAACGGUCAAGUUAGAGUUUUUUUUAAAGCGUUUUUUCUCUAAUUUAUGCUUUGGCCACAAAUAUGAGUAUAGGAUGAGUCAACAACAUGAUUUGAGUAUGAGUUAACAGAUUGUGUUUUUAAAAGUGAGAUUUUCACUGGACAGUUACUUGGAAGUUAUCGCUUAUAGAGGUAUUCGGUACAGUGAUUCCUAACAUAGGCUACAGUCUGACAGGGUGUGGUAGGGUUGGGAGGGGAGGAUGGAUAGAGUAGAAAACGAACAGCAACUUCAUGUUACGCAAUGGGUGAAAAGACAUGAUGAUAUUCACAUUAACAGAAAGUGUAGGAUACAUCAAUCCUACAGUAGCCAAUAUCCAAAUCCCAAGAGAACAUGGAAAUGUUUACUGUACCAUGAGCUAGUCCAUCAAUUUUAAGUGAAUCUAUGUCUCUCACCACUUGCAUUUCCAUGAAGCAAUUUCUCUCUCUCUCUCUCUGUUUACUUGGUUUCUUGUCAAUAUGAGAUGCUUGAAUAUGAACGGCAAUUCUCUGUUUGUGAGUUUGGAUAUUAUGUGCCUUCAUGUGCGAUGAAGCAAGGAAUUGUGCACUCUCUGUUUCCCAUCAUGUGCAAAUAGAAACCAAUUCUAUUGUUUUAUGACAUAUCAGCGGUAAGACAAAUGAUUCAAAUUUGAUGAUAUUGGAAUGUGAAUGCUGGUAGCUAAGCAGCAGCACAAAUUGGAAUCAAUCAGCCAAUCAAUAACCAAGAUUAUUGAUCUACAUAUUCAAGCAAUGCUCAGCAACAACAGGGUAUGCGUCUUCUACUGUCUUCUACUAUCUUCUACUGUCUCUACUUUGUCUCCACUGUGUCCUCUGCUGUGUCUCUGACCUGUCUACAUUGUAAUCUACUGUAUGUCUACUGUACUGGAUGUCUUUUCUAUCUCUCAGUGUUAUUGGUCAUUCUCUGCUCCUUCUGUGAAACAACUCUGAAAGUCUUUGGAACAGUGGAAUUUCUUUAAUUCCAUUCUUUAAUUCUAAAUUGAUUAAUUCAUUCUAAAUUAAUCCAGGAUCAUUGAAUUGAUUAGUUAUGGGAAUGAUAAUUCACGGUUAGUUGCUUUAACAGUAAUAUAUAUAUAUAUAUAUAUAUAUAUAUAUAUAUAUAUAUAUAUAUAUAUAUAAAAACAGGCUGAGAAAUUCCUUCAGACUUGAAAGUUGACACCUCAGCAAGGGGCAUUGUGUAAUGUCAUGUUGCCUAGAUAUGAUCCAAUCCCCUGACUGAACUGUAUCUGUGGUGUGGAAAUCCUGCUUCGAUGGUCAGAUUUGGCCAAUGACCUUGGUUAUUACCUUGUCAUUGGAAAGAUGAAGAAGCUCUCUUCUGUGUGUUUUGACUUCUUACCUCUCUCCUUGAACUAACCACCUCUCAACAGUCUCCAACACACCGUCUGUAUGGUCCAGUCCAAGCCAUCUCUGUCUGACAGGAGUUCUAUCUAACCCCUAAUGGCUGGAGGUUAGAUAUGAUCAGUGGAGGCUGGUGAGGGGAGGACAGCUCAUAGUAAUAGCUGGAAUGGAAUGGAAUGGUAUCAAACACAUUGAUGGAAUACGUGUUUGAUGUGUUUGAUACCAAUUCCAUUCCAUUCCAGCCAUUACUAUGAGCCCGUCCUCCAAUUGAAAGUGCCACCAGCCGCCACUGGAGAUGAUACAGUAUGAGAAUGUGACUGUUAACCCCAUAGAGAUCCUGUGAUUCUAUAUGUAAUUCCAUGGUUGACCCAUCUAUUCUUAAACACUGAACAAACACUGCUGAGACACACCAAAAAGACAAAUGGCGAAAAGCAGCGGGUGGCCGUUCUCUGUUGGCGAACACCUGCUGGGUGUCAACGAACAGUGGUGAUACAAUAUGUAGACUCAAAAUGAACAGAAAAUGACUGCCGCCCGCUGUUUUUAGCCGUUGGUAGUCAUGGUGUGUUUUGGCCUUUACAGUCACAGUAUGCUUGUAUUGAUUGGCAUCAGCCAUUGUCAGAGUUAAAGGCAUGCUACACUGAUCUCAUUUUAGUAGAGCUGCUUCCUUUUCAUGCCUUUUAAAUUGACAUUGUUACACAGUAAUUCCCUAAGGAAUAAUCAUCUUGAAUUAAUUAGUAUUUUUGCUAACUGUUUUUAGUCAGUGUUAAUGUCAAACUUGUUCCAGAUAUGGUGCUGUUUUAUGUACAGUAGUAACUGCGGUAGAAUAUAGUUAACACUAACCUAAAACAUACAGUAGCUUACAAUACAAUAAUGUAAAACACCUUACCUUCAGUGUUGAUUCUGGUAGAACAAAUUCUACCUAAAUCUAAUUGAAGUCCUAUACUGUAUGUACUGUAUAUAUUUAAAGUACCACACAUAGUUGUCCUCUCUAUGGACUGACUGACUGCAAUGUAACCCACGACCCAGAGCCAUUGAUAUACACUACAAUAUAGUUCGGUGGUGAGUUUGGUGCUACGAUGGGGUUCUAUCGGAACACUUCACCAAACUCUGUAUAUUGAUGGCUCUACCACGCCCCUCCCCACCCCCAUCUCUACCCACAACCCUUGGCUUCAGCCCGAGCCAACAGGGUUGUGAUGCACAGAGCUGCCGUGUGUUCAUUGUUGCGGUGUGAACCAACCCUUGGGAUGAUGGUCGUACUGUACUACGGCCGUACAGUGGCCUACAUUUCCCAAGAUGCACUUGGGAUGGUCAUAUGGUACGGGGGCCGACAAUUCCCUCCCAAGCUGUCAAUGUGUGACAACAAACUGUGACAUACCCCACCACCCCCUACCCCCCCUCCCUCCCUCCCUCGACCCAACCCCCACCCCCCUCCCCAUCCUCCUUAAAGUCUUACGCUUCCUCUUACCCCAGGAAUGUUGUGAGUGACCUUUGACCUUGUGCUGAGGUGAUGAUGUAAUGAUGGUGGGGCCAGGCUGGCCUGGCAGCCAGUCGGUAAGUUUGGUCCUCCAGACUGGCAGACAAGCAGUCAGUCCCUCUUAUAAUGCUGCCGUGCCUCACUGAGUCUAGGUCGUCCUGGGUAGUCCGUCUGUUUGUGGCCUGUCUGUGACUCUACCGUCUGUCAUUGUCACUGUGAUGUCUGUGGUUUGGUUUUAACCAUGUUGUCUCUCUGUGGGCACCAUCAGAAGGGGGACACCAUCAUUGCUUAAGUUUAGACGAGCAUGUAUUACUGUGUGUGUGUCUGUUUAUCUGUUCGACAUACCUUUUGUGUUUUGGUAUAUUUCUGUUGAGUUAUCUUUUCAUUGGCCUCUCUGGUUCUUGAUUUUUAUUGUAGAAAUGUGAAUAGCAAAUGUAAUUCAGUAGAAUUACUAUGAGAAGACAGAAUAACUUACUGGACCCAUGCUUUGUUUAGCCAGACAUUACUUACAAUAUGCCUCUUGUCUAUUUGGUCCAAAUGUUGAAGAAUAGAUUUUUAUCAAAUCAUGUGCUUUACAUUGUUGAGAAAACAGUCAGUUACAGUACACCGCUAUCUUAAUGACACUUUCUUAAUUUAAUAAUGGAGAUACAGUAUUUCUUUGGAGACCAACAUUUUUAUGCAGGACUCAGUACUCUUCAAUUAUAUAACCACAGUGCUGUAAGGUAGAAUCUAAAUCAAAACACAUAUUUCUAGUAAAGCUAGUAGCCAGUCGAGUUUGGGGAUGGAGUCGUUAUGUAAUAGUGGAAUGAGGCUGGAUCCAUCCAUCCAUCCUUUUAUUUUAUAAGACAUUUAGACAUUUUCAUCAUUGUUGUUUUUGUUCUGUUUGAUUUUAGUUUCCGUUGUCUUUCUGUUUUUCUUUCUGUUUCUGUUCCACUGUUCCUCAUUGGAUCACAGCCAAGGGAUGUGAUUGGCCUUGCCUUGCAGAGCUCGACGCUGAUUCGCUGAGGGCUGCAACACCCACACAGCAGGUCCCUUGAUCUCUAAGGGGGAGGGGCACUCCAAGGGGUCAGGCUGAGGCUGAAGGUGACAAAUACCCCAAAUACUGUGACAGUAGAAUAAAGGCAAAAUCUUUAUUUUAUUUUGCAUCUGUUUUAAAGGAGCACAAUGAAAAUAAGUCAGUGACUUUAUUGUGUUAUCCUUGAUGUGCAUGUUUAUGUAUUUUUUUAAAUAAUUGAUUAAUAAAUUCAAUCAAUUCAUCAUUGCCCAGAUCAAACAGCUUGCUGGGUUAUUAUACAGCUAUACUGAUUAUUAACAAAUGGGAUGUCUUCAACUAAAAUAAUUGAGCUAGCUAGAAUCUGAAGGAAUUGUGUGUAAUACGGAGUCCUGGAGACUCAGGAGCCCUUGAACCACAUAACCCAGAGAUGACUCAUCAUGAGUCAUGAGUCCAGUGGUGAGUUCCAUGCCGAUAGCUUCAUUGCUGUCAACUGGAAUGACCAGCGUGCCAUUGUACGUAGUAUAUCAGUUUUCAUAGACUGUAGUACCACCAAUGGCCUUAAAAUCUAAAUAAAGAUUUUGCCUUUGUUAGAAUCCCCCCUCUAUCUGUGACUCUGGUCUGGUCAGCUUUGGAUGUUGUGUUCUUUGAAGUGAGUUUGACCAGUAUGGUCUGGUUGGCUGGUUGGAGUUGCCUUCACAUGUUUUUACUGUGUUAUACUGUUUUCCCUUUGUUAAGGAACUGGUGCUCUCUCGAUUCCCAGUCUCACCACCUGAACAAUGGCAGUGUGAGAGAGCGGGACAAACUUUUAGUGUUUGCCAUUCUAAGAACUAUUAGAUGGACAUCUGUAAUGUUGAAUCAAUGAGAUACUGUAGUGCCAUUUAGUCACGUCAGGGUUGGGGUCAAUUCUAUUUAAAUUCAGGAAGUAUACUGAAAUUACUAAUGAGGAAAAUUGCCAUUGGAAUUUCAGUUUACUUCCUGAAUUUAGUAAAAAAGCCAUUGCCACAACUAGCCUUGCUCUCCUUUCUUCACCGUAGGCCUACUGAUCCUGCUCUCCUUUCUUCACCGUAGGCCUACUGAUCCUGCUCUCCUUUCUUCACCGUAGGCCUACUGAUCCUGCUCUCCUUUCUUCACCGUAGGCCUACUGAUCCUGCUCUCCUUUCUUCACCGUAGGCCUACUGAUCCUGCUCUCCUUUCUUCACCGUAGGCCUACUGAUCCUGCUCUCCUUUCUUCACCGUAGGCCUACUGAUCCUGCUCUCCUUUCUUCACCGUAGGCCUACUGAUCCUGCUCUCCUUUCUUCACCGUAGGCCUACUGAUCCUGCUCUCCUUUCUUCACCGUAGGCCUACUGAUCCUGCUCUCCUUUCUUCACCGUAGGCCUACUGAUCCUGCUCUCCUUUCUUCACCGUAGGCCUACUGAUCCUGCUCUCCUUUCUUCACCGUAGGCCUACUGAUCCUGCUCUCCUUUCUUCACCGUAGGCCUACUGAUCCUGCUCUCCUUUCUUCACCGUAGGCCUACUGAUCCUGCUUGCUAGACUCAUGGUGCUCCGCCCCUCCUUUCUUCACCGUAGGCCUACUGAUCCUGCUUGCUAGACUCAUGGUGCUCCGCCCCUCCUUUCUUCACCGUAGGCCUACUGAUCCUGCUUGCUAGACUCAUGGUGCUCCGCCCCUCCUUUCUUCACCGUAGGCCUACUGAUCCUGCUUGCUAGACUCAUGGUGCUCCGCCCCUCCUUUCUUCACCGUAGGCCUACUGAUCCUGCUUGCUAGACUCAUGGUGCUCCGCCCCUCCUUUCUUCACCGUAGGCCUACUGAUCCUGCUUGCUAGACUCAUGGUGCUCCGCCCCUCCUUUCUUCACCGUAGGCCUACUGAUCCUGCUUGCUAGACUCAUGGUGCUCCGCCCCCCUUUCUUCACCGUAGGCCUACUGAUCCUGCUUGCUAGACUCAUGGUGCUCCGCCCCCCUUUCUUCACCGUAGGCCUACUGAUCCUGCUUGCUAGACUCAUGGUGCUCCGCCCCUCCUUUCUUCACCGUAGGCCUACUGAUCCUGCUUGCUAGACUCAUGGUGCUCCGCCCCCCAAUUGUGUCUGAGAUACAGCAGGAAGAGGCGACUGUACAGGCCUACUGGUCACAGCAGCUCCCCUUCCUCUUCUAAUGACAGGCAUUGCCUACUUGAGGUUAUCUCAUCAUUCCUUAACACCCCUACCUCGCUUCUAUACAGUGCAUACAGUAAGUGCUGCGGCCUAUUGACCACCAGCUCUGGGCUAAGCACUCACUGAGAGGUCCAAUGCAUUAUUAUCUAGCUAUAGCCUAUGUGCAAAUUACAACCCUUCUGAGAUGGAAGCAAUUCAUUUGUUGACUGUCGGUAUGUUGCCUUUCUAUGAAUGAUAAAUGUGAAGAAUGAUGACUAAUCAAUGUUUAACGUGUCAAGCUUAGGUGAAUUCUUUGUGUUGAUUACAGAAAAGUUACUGCUGUAAACUUUUCUUUGUGGCUAGUAUUAUGCCCGGAUUCUAAAAUCAUGUUUGCAAGGACAAAUAACACCUGAUCAACGCUCAUGAAUCUUAAAAAAAUAUAUAUAUAUAACAACAACAAAAAAAGAACUCUGGCCCCAUGACUGAGUGACAUUGUUAAGAUGUAGACAGUGAUGCCUAGUUGGCGGCAGCUGCGGUACUGUGUGUGAGAGUAGGGGAGCAAGGUGGAGCGAUUAGCAGUAUUACUUACCUCAGAAGUGCAUAGCUUAGGGGUUGAUUUGGUAUUGGGCCAUUGUGUGUGAGAGUGGGGGAGAAGCACCUGUUUCUUUGAGGUUGUGUGUUGUUACCUGUUCCUGUGUGUAACUCUACUGUAUUCAGUGUCUCUCCAGUGGUCAUUUAAGUGCCAUCCAAUGCCAAAUAACUACUGUGUCUGAUCUCCCCUUAACCCUCUAUCUCAACCCUUUACUACUGUCAGUGUGUGGUUAACUGUAUGAACUGUAUGUGGCUCUCCUAUUUGAUUCUAUUGCUGUGUGAAGAUGAUAAGAUGAUUUUGGGCAAAACAAAAUGACGUACAUGUACAUAUUUACCUGUAUUCUUUCUCUUAGGUUCCGUUAGUUUGUCUGUCUUAGAUUAUAUGGGAUAUUAUGCCUCAGCUGAGAGCGACAGACAUGGAGAGACAGUGUUAGAGGGGCCAGGGUAAGGUUCUACAAGUCUGUUGGGUUUUUAUAUUAACUUCUACAGGUUGUAACCUCUCUCCUUUCCUCCCUCCCUCCCAUCCUCCUCCUCCUCCCCAGUCCCCUUCGUUCGCCUGUCUGUAUCUGUACUGAAUCAGUCGUGUGCUGUGGCAAAACAUUUUGGCCUAUUUUUCCCUUCCUUUGAGUCUUAUGCAUUUCUUUUUCUCCUUUCUCUCUCUCUCUCUCUCUCUCUCUCUCUCUCUCUCUCUCUCUCUCUCUCUCUCAACCACAAGUUUCUUUGCAGGUACAAAGGAGUUUGUCAGGUCUCGUCCAACUGCCUUAAAAUAACAGAAACAAACCCCUCGUCCUGCGGCCUACAUACUACUGCUACUAAAACACUAUGCACAUAAAACCUAUACUAAACAUUGACUUUCUCUCUCAAUGUAUAUACGUAUAUAAAUGCAAUAUUAUACAUGUAUAUACAUACAUAUAGAUUUAUGUGUGUAUGUCAAGCAACUCUCUCCGCCCAUGCCAGCCCUAUUGCUCCAAGGGCUCUCGUCUGAGUCUCUCUUCUACCUUUCGAGAAUAUUCUCACUACUUCUAACAGUUUGGAACCUCUUUUGCUUCUCUGUUUGUGUGUAGGUGUCUAUAAUCAGUCUGGUAGCUAAUGCACUGGGCUACUCGGAUCUAGGUCCUAUUAAAUCACUAAGGACACUAAGGGCCUUGAGACCCCUCAGAGCCUUGUCACGUUUUGAAGGGAUGAGGGUAAGAGCCAAAGCUAAGCAGCUGAUCCUUACGCAUGCCCAUUCAACAGUUUAUUAAAGCAUGCUAGAAACUGAAAUAUUAUCAAAAAGUAAACAAACAAUAUAUUUUUUGAUGACCAAAUUUUUGAUCAAAAUUUAUUUAUUGGGGGAUUUUUUAAAAUAGAAACUUGAAGAAACUAGUCAAGACAAGAAGUCACCUUUCCAUGCACACACAUCCUCUACCAUACUUCACAUACAAUUUAUAUAUAGAUAUAGACACACACGUCAUGAUGCAGCUGGAAGUGUAAAGUAAUGUUAAAUACUAAUGCUACAAAGUUAUACAGUAUUACCAGCAGAAACUAUUUCACUGGUUUGAAUUGAAUAAAAAAAAUCGAAAUACUAAUUGAUAUUUUCAGUAUUUUCUGCUAUGUACAGACAUAAAAGGAACAAAAAUGAGUGAACUAGAGGGAUAUGUCACAAAGCUGCCUCAUCACAUAAAAACUAGAAAAAUGAAUUAUUAUUUUAUUUUUAUUUUUUAUGAUUGGCUUGAGGGAUGAGAUAAAAUUAAUGUUAGUCAAUGCUACAUGUCAACAAAGCCAAACUACAUAGCAUUUCAUAGAACAUUUGAAUCAACAAUUGGCUGUUCAUUUGGCCUGAUUCUCAAUCUCUGCUUUUAAUCGAGAAGCCCCCCUCCCCCCUACCACCACCUGUCCCCAGUUCCCCUAACCCACCCCAACUCUCACCCAACCACUAUACUCACCCUAUCAUUUAACACAUCUAUCUGGCACAGAGAACAACCAGUAGAAACCAGUAGGUACCAGAGACAGUCACACCCAACUAGGGUUGCAUAAAUUGGGUAACUUUCCCAAAAAUCCCAGGAUUUCCUGAAAUUCUGGUUGGAAGAUUCCCAGAAUCAGAAGGGAUAUCUGGAAAACCUGGGAAUUUGGGGAAAGUUAUUAUUUGAUCUGAUUAGUCUUUGUUGUGACUGGUGGUAGAGACAGGUUACAACUGGUUGUUGUCACCCGUAGUCCCUCUUUCUCUAUCACAUGUAGUCCCUUUCUAUCUCCCUAUCCUUGGACUGGUUGCGUUGUUUUCUAGUUUGAGCUUACCACCCUCUCCACCCUCACCCUCUCCUGAAGCCUCAUAUGUAAGCCCCCUUACCUCUACCCCUACCUCUCCUCCUACCCUUCCACUGCUCACUCCAUCUUUGCCCAGUAGAUCUGCUGGGCCUGCAGCAGGUCUCAGUCUGUUGGCUCCUCUCUGUUUCCUGCUUGUCCAGGAUCUAUCUGCAUCAUCAGGGACUGAGAAAGAAAGCACACAUACACUCCACACUCACAUUGUUGUGGGUUUGGGAAGACAAUAUUUUCUAAGCUUCUGCCUGUGUCAUUGUGAUUAUCACUUUGUGUCAUGUUAAAUGGCUGAGAUGUUAAAUGGCUGAAUCGCAGAGGUCAGUUAAGUAAUGUCAGUUAGUUCAAUGUAGACUAAGGGCCUGAAACUCACAGCCCGCGGGCCAGAUGCGGCCUGAGAGCCGAUUUAAUGUAAAUGCAGACCAGAUUCAGUAUCUUAGCUUUUUUGUCUUCUUCUUGACCCUAAGGCAGAAGCUUAGGAAAUAUGCCGAUAGGCUGCCAUCUCACACAAGGCAUUACUGUCCCCAUGUCAUAACACGAUACAUUACAUAGCAACCAUACUGCAGGUCUUAUAGAGCUUCCUGCUUCCUGUUGCCUUCAGAAGUGAAACUGGGAAGCAACAUCGUUUAGCACACUGGAGCUUUAUCUUAUAUCUUAUAUAAGAGGAGUGGGUUGGGUUGGGUGGCCGGCAGGGCCGAUAUUAUAUUCAACUAUUAGGACCGCAUUAGGACAACACUCGUCUUUCUUAACCCCUAGACAGUCACAGAGCAUUUCCCCCCAUUCCUCUUCAUAAUGUCCCAAAAAUGACAGACCAGGUGUAGAGGCUUAGACAUGUGCCAUGAACUACUAUUACUACGGUACAUGAGAGGUUAGCUAGCUAAUCAUCAAUUUGACUGACAUUUCCGUUCAUACUGAAGUGCCCAUUCAUAUUAAAUAUCCAGUGGCUAAAUAUGAUGAUGACAUUGCAAAUACAAGCUGAUGACAUCACAAAACGUUUAGGCCCAGGAUUUAUGGAUGUAGGCUACUAUACUUAUGAGUCCACCUCACAAAAAUGUACAUGGUAGUCAUUUUUGUUUAGUUUGCUCAGGUAUGAGACUAGCAUAGAAUUAGAAGGAUUGUAUUUACAUUUGACAUUUUAGUCAUUUUAGCAGACGCUCUUAUCCAGAGCGACUUACAGUUAGUGAGUGUAUACAUUUUUCAUACUGGAAAUUAUCUAUGGCGGCUAGACUGGUCAAAAUUCCAAUGUCAUUUUUGGGUGAAAAAUCAUGGUACAUUUUUUAAGGAAUGUUGUAGUCAAACAUUGCAUUGCCCCAAUGAAUGAGAUCAUUCAUUGGGUGUGUGUGGUAGGAGGUGAGGGUGGCCCAGUAGACUAAUACCUGUAGCAGUGAAAAAACUCACCUUUACUUACUCAUCAAUUCAAGACAAUGUCUAUGUUCAUCAAUUGAUUUGCCAUUUUGUUUUGAAAACGUGAAAUUAAAAUUGACAAGUCAUAGUAGUAAAUAAAUUGAUAGGGAAGUACGAGAAUGGAGAGAUGACACCGACAACCAUAAUAAUGAAAGAGAUUCUGGAGAGUUAGAAUGUUGAGAACUCUUGCUGACUUGAAUUUUUCUGGCCGUUGUGAUGGAAGGUUGUGUGAUGGCGGAGGCCAAUGCAAGUCAACAGCUCUGAGAGUGAGCAGCAUAACACAGCUUUACAUUUGAAUAUAUUGCAAUGCUUAACAUGCAAUGGGCUAUACCUACCUACCUGACUGCCUAUGGUCACUUGUUAAAUGCUAUAUCUUUAAUUAUGCUGCUUUGUAACCUCAUUGUUACUUUUUGAGCAAUGCAAUGUACAAGCAUGACACAGUCGCCAAGUCAUCCUUACACCUUUCUUACUAUAUAUUUUCUAAUGAGCUUGCUCUCUAGUCUUUGGUUGCAUUUCAAUGUUUAGCCAUAAAACAUUUGUUAUAUUAUUAACUUUAAAUGUUUAAAAAAAUACCUUCCAGCUGCAUCAUGUUAAAAACUUGCAGCAGACACGUUAGCAGGAAACAUCAUGAGUUACAGACCAAUCACACAGAGACCUUAGAACCAUGGCACCUUAGAACAGAGGUCUGAGUUCUGAGAACCUUAAAACAGAUGUGUGAGUUAUUAGAACAGAGGGACUGAAUUCUAACUCUACACCAUCCAUUCCUGACUGUCCUUGAUUUGUGUCAGAAGAUACACAAGUGUCAAAUCCACUUGUCAGAUAGAUAUGUAACAUAAAGACAAGCAACAUUUUGGCCGGUUAUCUCUUUAUCUCUCUAUCCAAAACAUUUCUCUAUCUGUUUAUUUAUCGAUUUGAACGGUUCUUGAGAUUGCACAACAAUGCCAUCCAUGUAACAACACGCAUGUACUCUAAUUGCCGAUGCACAUUAAGCACUUUUGAAAGCUAUUUUCCCUCUUUGCUUUGAGAAUGUAUUUAUAAUAUAUGAUAUAUACAGGUAUAUAUAUAUUAUAUAUGAUAUAAGGCUUGGCCAAUUUGAUUAAAUAAGGCAUGGCUAAUAUUACCUUGAAUCUUUGAAAACAAGUUAAAUUCUACUACCUCAGUAGGAGCAAGUAGUUCUCUCAGCAUGUGCAGUGAUAUGUGUUCUCCUAUGGGAAAGGUGGGAGGUGUGAUAUUAGUGAGAUGAUGCGGUAUACUGCUAACUCUUUACGCAUCGUGAUGGUUCCUCUCAAAAGGUAGCUUUCCCUUCACAGCUAUUUAAUUUUUCACAAUAGAUUCAUACAUGUAUUAUUAGAAGUCCAAGAACAAUGAGUAGCCUAUGCGCUCUAAUUCAGCUACUUCAGUAAGUUAUUUUAAUAACAUUUUCUGGGAUGCUCACACAGAAAGAAAUUGGCACCCAACUACCUGACUCGUCCAUUCUGGCCAUAUGGUGUUUAUCCAACCCAAGUGCCAUAGCAGCCAGUAAUUCCAUAUGCCAUCAUUAUUCAAGAGGAACAGUCAAAGGCCUACUGUAGAGAAGAGAGUACCUAUGAUGUCAUCAUUUACAUGUUAACCUGUAAGAGAAGAGUUAACCUAUAUUUUUGGUUAUAAUAAAGACAUCCAGUUAUGCUAAGCACUAGAAGCAUUUGUAAGUAAUAUUUCUCCAAGAACCAAUGGGUAAAUCAAUAAAUAUCCAUAAUUGACAUGACCAUUGAACAGCUCCCAAAAUCCCUGACUAGCUUUAAAUAAUAAUUGCAAGGUCCUGCACAUUGCUUAGAGUAUGCUGCUCCUGAAGCUCUCAGUCUGCUCUCUGUCUGCCUGACUGUAUGCAAGGAGGGAAUAUGGCUCCACAAAACAAGUCUGUCUGCUAAAAACAGACGACAUGCAUGCUCAGCUCAGCUGUGUGCCUGAGAGCUGCUGGUCUGGUCGGCCUGCCUAACACUGUUAGUGAGAUAGUGGUCAACCCCACUAUGCACUACACUCUUAGAAAAAAGGGUUCCCCAAGGGUUCUUCGGCUGUCCCCAUAGCAGAACCCUUUUUUGUUCUAGAUAAAACCCCUUUUGGUUCCAGGUAGAACCAUUUUGGGUUCCAUGUAGAACCCUCUACAUGGAACCCAAACGAUUCUACUUGGAACUAAAAGGGUUCCUCCUCAAACCAACAAGGGUUCUUCAAAGGGUUCUCCAAUUGGGACAGCUAAAGGACCCUUUUAGGUUCUAGAUAGUGUAGGACGCUGAGCUUAGUGCACAUCAGUGUUUGGAAGGCCGGUCUGUCCGGACGCUGGGUAGUGGGGAGAUAGAAGCUGUAAAGGAGGCUAGGCGUGGGGCUGGUGAUGUGGAAGUGGGACAUAGUCUAUGGGUUGCGUCUCAAAUGGCACACUAUUCCCUAUAUAGUGAACUACUUUUAACCAGAAAGUGCACAACUUUUGUAAUAUAGUAAUGCACUAAACAGUAUAGGGAAUAGGGUGCUAUUUAGGAUGCACCCUAUGGAUCAGAAUGCUUUCCAUUGCAUUGUGUUGAAAUGAUAGUGUUAGUCUGGGUGGAGGGUGUUUAGAGUCUGUCUUAUGAAAAGGGACAGAGGGAGGGAGGGUGGUGAAUGUUUGGGAAGAGAUGAGGCUGCAUACUGGUAUGGCAAAACACUUGUAGUUCAAUUUUCUGGACAGUUAUAUGCUCACUCGAAAGGAAAGUGGGGCAUGUGCAUGUGUGCGCAGACCCCUUAGGCCAGAGUUUCCCAAACUCUGUCCUGAUGCCACCCCUGGUUGCACGUUUUGGUUUUAGCUCUAGCACUACACAGCAAGAUUUAAAUAAUCAAAGCUUGAUGAUUAGUUGGUUAUUUGAAUCAGCUGUGUAGUGCUAGGGCAAAAACCAAAACGUGCACCCAGGGGGGGGGGGGGCCCAGGACCGAGUUUGGGAAACCCUGCCUUAGGCAAUCCUAGCUGUGUGCUCGAUCAGAUCAAAGACUAUUAGUUCUAAUUAGAACAGAACUGAUACUGCUCUUUCACUGUUAUUCUAUACUGUACUAUAUAUGAUUAUACUAUACUAAACUAUACUAUAUUAUACUGUAAUAUACUAUAUGAUACUGUACUACACUAUACUAUGAUAAUCCUGUACUAUACUGUACUACAUUAUACUAAACUGUACUAUACUACAAUAUACACAAACAUACUCUAACUAUAUUCUUAACUGUACUGUAAACUAUACUAUAUUUCAUACAAAUAUAAUAACGUUGAAACACAAUUUGUAAUAUGACUCAAUAAUAGAACAUGGUACCUGUCAAAUUCAGUUUCACUACCACUUUCUGCUAUAAGAUGCCAUAACAGUAUACAGCUGCUCUGAGGGGGGUUGAUAGGUAUCAUGGAGUAUGUUUUGAGUCUCUCACACUGCUCUAUCCUCCUGUGUCCCCCGUCGGCUCUGGCCUAGGUGGUAGUCAACGCCCUGGUGGGAGCCAUCCCCUCCAUUAUGAAUGUGUUGCUGGUUUGCCUCAUCUUUUGGCUGAUUUUCAGUAUCAUGGGGGUCAACUUGUUUGCGGGCAAGUACUACUACUGUUUCAACCAGACCGCAGAGGAGUACUUUCAUGCCAGCGAGGUCAACAACAAGACACAGUGCAUGGCCCUCAUUAAUCAGAACUUCUCUGAGGUCAGGUGGAAGAAUGUCAAGAUCAACUUUGACAAUGUUGGCGCUGGAUACCUGGCUCUGCUUCAAGUGGUGAGAGUGUCACUUCAUUCUCUCCCCUCUCUCUCUCUUACCCCCCACCCGUCCGUUCACUGUUUUUAUUCUCCCUCUCCCUUCCAUCCUCUUGCACAGCGCUCUGAGGCUCUCCUCUCUCCCCCUCUCCCUCUGUUCCUCUCCUUCUUUAUGCGUUUGUCCAUUUAUAGAUUUUUUUUAUACUGUUUUCCAUAUGUCCUCAUUUCUUUCCAUGUACAAGCUAAGCUCUUCUCCAGGACACACAUCACAUUUGGGUUUGAGUUCAACAUUCUUUUUUCUUCAUAUGAAAAUGAGACUCUUAACUUUUGUUUUGAAUAUUAUAAGUUAAUCGGAUCUCUUUGUCUCCAAAGGCGACAUUCAAAGGCUGGAUGGACAUCAUGUACGCAGCCAUAGACUCCAGAAGGGUGGAGGACCAGCCCAUCUAUGAAGACAACCUCUAUAUGUACAUCUACUUUGUCAUCUUCAUCAUCUUCGGAUCCUUCUUCACCCUCAACCUCUUCAUCGGUGUCAUCAUUGACAACUUCAACCAACAGAAGAAAAAGAUAAGACUAUUUUCUCUCCUCUUCCUCUUUCUCCUAUUUUUGCUAAAUGCUAUAGUAUAUUAUACGGCCUUGUAUAAAAAAAUUAUGAAGGCUCAAACAUGCUUAUAACAUGUUAAAAAGUAUUAAACCUGGAUACAAAGUCUAACCCUAAAUAGCAUUUGAAAGUAUCACAGUUGAAUGUAGGUAUUUACAUUGUUUGCAUACUGCUCUGAAUGUGUAAUGCAGCUACUGGUGUUACUGUCAGCGUUUGGCUAAUGGUCUAGUGUUGUAUCAUUGGUUAGGGUUAGGUUUGGGUUGUAACCAAAUGUUUGUUUAUCCCUGUUCUUUAGGUUAGGGCUAGGGUUGGUUGUAACCAAAUGUUUGUUUGUCCCUAUACUUUGGAGGUCAGGACAUCUUCAUGACAGAGGAACAGAAGAAGUACUACAACGCCAUGAAGAAACUGGGUUCAAAGAAGCCCCAGAAACCCAUUCCCAGACCACAGGUUGGCUGUUGCUCUCUGCCUUUAUUAGCCUGGCUUUUUAUGGAGUGAUAUUAGUGCCGACAGUUUGUUGGCAGUAAUAUCACUCCAUAUUUGUUUAGCCAGCUCAGCACAUACAGUAUGGGACAAGGCUAGGUCUUUAUAGUGUAAAACACUGCCACAAAAGAUUGAAAUCAGUAUUUUCAGUAUUUCAUUGUUGACGGAACACUGAAUAGUGAUAUGGAAAGAUGACAGAGACUGUCGCCUUGUUGCUAGCGCCUACUCAACUUUGUAGUUUUUUGUGUUAUUUGUUUUGCAUUAUUUGCUAUUCUGAUGUGUUUAUUAUUUUAUAUGACUUAGUAUACAUAACUGCAUUGUUGAGGAAGAGCUUGCAAGGAAGCAUUUCACUGUACUGUUUACACCUGCUGUAUCCUGUGCAUGUGACAAAUAAACUGAUUUGAUGUUAACACUGAAAUAUGGAUUUCAAUCGAUUGUGGCAGUAUUUCCCUGCGAUUAACAAAAUGUGUGUGUCGUUGUUGUUGUUGUUGUUGUUGUUGUCUGUGUGUGUGUGUUUCUCUGCAUGCGUACGCGUCUGUCUGUGUGUGUGUGUGUGUGUGUAUGUGUGCAUGUGUCUUGCUGUUGUCUCCUUGUCUCUACAGAACUAUAUCCAAGGGUUGGUGUUUGACUUUGUGACCCAGCAAGUAUUCGACAUCUCCAUUAUGAUGCUGAUCUGCCUCAACAUGGUCACCAUGAUGGUAGAGACAGACGACCAGUCGGAUGAGACGGAGAACAUCCUCUAUUGGGUUAACUUCAUCUUCAUCGUGGCGUUCACCAUCGAGUUCGUCCUAAAACUCUUCGCCCUGCGCCACUACUACUUCACCAAUGGCUGGAACGUGUUCGACACGGUCGUGGUCAUCCUGUCCAUCGCGGGUAAGUAGAGUGAGGCUGUGUCUAAAAUGGCACCCGGUUCCUUAUGUAGUGCACUACUUUUUGUCCAGGACUCAGCGAAAAAUAGCUUUUUGUGUGCACUACAUCAUAACGCACUGAUUUUUAUCAGUUUGGUGGAAACAAUCCGCUGGUGGGAAAAUACAAUAUUUUCUUUAUGCCGAUUGUAGAAUAUUCGCAUGAAAUUCUGUCGCCAAUUGGAUGGAAACGUAACUAUAAUUCCAAAGGGGAGAGACAUUUUUAAGGUAGACAUUGUGUUGAGUCAUUUCUGCUGACUGUGUACUCUCUGUCUUGUCUCUACCUUCUUCCUCCACAGGCAUGUUCCUGGCUGACAUCAUUGAGAAGUACUUCGUGUCUCCAACCCUUUUCAGGGUUAUCCGAUUGGCUCGAAUUGGCCGCAUCCUGCGUCUGAUCAAAGGGGCCAAGGGCAUACGGACUUUACUCUUCGCCUUGAUGAUGUCACUUCCUGCCCUGUUCAACAUCGGCCUCCUGCUCUUCCUGGUCAUGUUCAUCUUCAGCAUCUUCGGAAUGUCCAACUUCGGCUACGUCAAACACGGGGCCGGGAUAGACGACAUGUAUAACUUUGAGACCUUCGGGAACAGCAUGAUCUGCUUGUUCAUGAUCACCACGUCUGCAGGCUGGGAUGGUCUCUUGCUCCCCAUCCUCAACUACUAUCCUGACUGCGACCCAACCAUGGAGAACCCAGGUGCACCGUCUACAGGCAACUGCGGCAACCCCUCAGUUGGCAUAUUUUUCUUUGUCAUGUAUAUCAUUAUUUCCUUCCUUGUCGUAGUCAAUAUGUACAUCGCCAUCAUCUUAGAGAACUUCAGUGUAGCGACAGAAGAGAGCGCCGACCCGCUCAGUGAAGACGACUUCGAGACCUUCUAUGAAAUCUGGGAGAAAUUCGACCCCUCCGCUUCCCAGUUCAUCACCUUCCAAAAACUGGGUGACUUUGCCGACACCCUGGAGCACCCUUUCCGCGUUCCCAAACCCAACACCAUCGAGCUGAUCGCCAUGGACAUGCCCAUGGUCAGCGGUGACCGCAUCCACUGCCUGGACAUCCUGUUUGCCUUCACCAAGCGCGUGCUGGGCGACAGCGGGGAGCUGGAUAUGCUACGCACGCAGAUGGAGGAGCGCUUCGUGGCGGCUAACCCCUCCAAGGUCUCCUACGAGCCCAUCACUUCUACACUGCGCCGGCGCCAGGAGGAUGUAUCCGCACGAUGCAUCCAGAAAGCCUACCGCGCUCACCUCCUUAAACGGGGCUUCAUCUGCAAGCGCAGGCCCAAGACCAAGCUGGAGAACGGAGGGACCAACAACCAGGAGAAGAAAGAGAGCACACCCUCCACCGCCUCUCUCCCCUCCUACGACAGCGUGACCAAACCUGACAAGGAGAAACAGGAGGAGAACGAGGGGGAGAGGAAAGAGAAGGACAGAAACCAAAAAGAUGAGCGGGAAUCUAAGUGUUAG